AUGUCUCUGGGAAGACUCCUCCGACGUGCCUCUUCGAAAGCAUCUGACCUCCUGACCUUAAAUGCCAGCAGCAGCAGCGGUGGCGGCUCGUCUUCCGUCUUGGAUGGGGGGAUUAUCUAUUCCAAGAACAAUGUAUGUGUCCAUCCACCUGAGAUGCUGCAAGGCAUCGUGGAGCAUCACCCAGGUGAGGGCAGGCUGGAGACAUGGGUUUGUUGUGUUGGUUUAUCUCAUUUUGUUUACGAGUCUCUCCCCAUGAACAAUCUUGAAGCAAUUUAACAAUAAAAGCUUCAUUAAGAAAUUCUUAGAAGUAACAGAUUAGGCUGAGGGAUGGAAAAGAUUAAUAAAUAAUGAAUAUUAUGGAUUACAAUAGGAAGCAAGAUUAGAAAUUCGUAAUUGAAAAAAAAAGAGAUAUUGGUGUUAUAAAAUAUGAAAUUGGGAACUGCUAAGUAUGUGAUAUGAUGAAAUUCGGAUUGGAGGGUGUCGAGGAAGUCUUUUAGCAAUGUAAAUAUACUAGGAAAUAAGAAGAAAUAAUUCUUCUUUUAUUAUUUUGUUUUUAUUGUUGUUAUGUUUUUAUGUUGUGUUAAGUGUAAUGUUUUUCUUUUGUGUUUAUGUUUUUGUGUUAUAAGAGAAAACCAAUAAUUUUUUUAAAAAACAAACAUACAAUAAAAGCUUCAAUAAUGAAACAGCUAUUAAAUGUAGUUUCGGGUUCAAAAUUGGGAUAAAAAUGUCCACUUGAAAGGUUUGUUGGAAGAGGAAAGUCUUCAACGGGUGCCAAAAAGAUCAUAGGGAUAGCAUGUGUCUGACAGGUAAUGGAAUUCCAGAAGGUGGGUGCCGUAACACUAAAGGCUCCGACAUUGUAUGGAAUGAAUCUCAUGAUGAGAUGGUGCCUGCAGAGCAUGGUGAUCAGUUGCGUAUACAUGGGGUGAGAUGAUAUUUUCCGUAUCGUGGUCCCAGGCGGUAUAAGGCUUUGCACAGCGGUAUCAGCACCUUGAACUUUUAUGCUGGACUUAAUGUUAAGGAAAGUUCUAUGGGAUACACUUUGCGCACAGAAGAGUCUCUCAGUAAGCAUUAAUUGUUCCAUAAAACCUCUCCCUUGACUUCUUACCUCUUAUUCUCAAUCCCGUUUCAAAGUUGCUAUGGAGGGUCCACUUGGUAUUCCUUGUUCUUCCCUUCUCAUCUUCCUAAUGUUUUAUUAUUUCUUACGUAAAACAUCAGAGUGUCUGUGGUGGUGAAUUAAUAGUGUUGUUUUUUUAAAAAAGACCCUCCUCUUAGGGCUAAACUGCACAGGAUGCAAGAUUGGAAUUCCCAAUAUUUGUUAAAAGCUUAAAAAACAAGAGGAGCUCCCCCUUUUCCACCAGAGUCUUUUUCCCAGUUAAAAUUGCAUCUCUUCUCAUUCCUCCAAAACGCUGCUGGUAACUAUGCUGGGGCAAGAAGAAAACAGCGUAAUAAAGGAGCCAAUCCUUUUCUACUCCCUACCCCACACUAAUAGGGAUAUUUUUUUUUGAGGGGGGGUAGUAUGAUUAAUCAACAUUUGCCCCACCCCUGCUUUAGUAACAUCCUGAAAUUCAACUAGAUUCCAGCCUGACAUGAGCUCUGGAGGAGUAAGUGAUGAUCUUAGGAAGUUGCCUUAAUACCAAGUCAGAGUCAGUGGUCUAUCCAGCUCAGUAUUGUCUAGUCUGCAUGGCAGCAACUCUCCAGGGUUUCAGGCAGGAGCUUUUCCCAUCAGGGAUAGAACCUUGGACCUUUUGUAAUCAAGGCAGAUAAUCCAUAACCGAAUGGUGGCCUUUCCCAUUUUGAUUUUCUAGGACUGGCAUCCUUAUUCUUUGGGUUGCAGUUGGCCAGAAGAGUGCUCUGGUGUAAAAAUGACUUGGAUGUGCUGAUUGAGUUGGCUAUGUUUUUGCCUCUAAUGCCCUGCUGGAUCCCAAACCGAGCUAUUGUAGAUACUAGUUGGAAAGUAAAAUGCAGUCAAGAACGAUGCUCAGUCAACCAAACAUUGCUCCAGUGGAUGAAGCAAUUGGGUCUGGUUAGGGGAGGAGGAAGAAGUUGGGCUUAGGAGAGAGCUGCUCAACAGGCAAGUGAGUGAUGGGAGGAUUCCCAGUGGUAGCAGGAAACUGGAGUGCUCAGCACCCUUUCAGGAUACCUGCCAUUCAUGAAGUUGGGGCUUGGUUGUAACUCUGGGGCACUGUGUUCUUUCAUAGGCUAUUUGUGCCUGUACAUGGAGAAAGAUGAGCUGCUUGGAACCACGCUUAUCUUGGCCUGGGUCCCAAAUUCCCGAAUUCAGAGGCAGGACGAGGAGGCCCUCCGCUACAUUACACCAGAGAGCUCCCCGGUCCGCAAGGCCCCCCGCAAGCGUAACCGCCAUACUCAGGGUUUUGGCGCCACUAUGCAGGCUUCCCCCUCCGAGCAGAAGCGAGCUGUGACCCCAAAGGAUGAAGAAGACAUUCUGACCGUGUCGCAGCUGGUUAGGGAUGUGGCUCACGUCAGCUGCCCUUCGGAGGAAGGGGAGAAGCUGUCCCAGGGUUGCUUGGCAACCGACAGCAUCCACAGCUCGGCUCAGCCUGCCCACAGUGACUCAGGUAUCUUAUCGACAAUCAGUUCUCUGGAGGAGCACAACCGGUUGGAGGAGUCAGUGGAAGAAGGGCUGGAGACCCACCUGGAGACUGGAGAGGACGACGAGGGCUCUUUGGAGUUGUCUGCCGAUGAUGUCAGCAGAGACAGCACAUUUGACUCGGACUCUGAUGCCUUCUCUUCUCCAUUCUGCCUCUCACCCAUCAGUGAAGCCCUGGUGGAGAAUGUUGGCUCCAUGUUCCUGGUUAAUGAAAACAGGUGAGUUUAUGUUCCUUUUCUCCUUUUACGGAGUAAUCAAGGAGCAAGAUUAUCCAGUUGUAGAACAACUGUUUGUCCGGGUUUUGCCCCUGCUGAGGGGCGUUCCCUCUACUACUCUCAGCAGUGUGAUUUUAUGUAUGUCUACUCAGAAGUCCUACUGAGUUCAGUGUGACUUGCUGCUGCAUAAGUGUGUAUAGGAUUACAGUCUAUUCUUUUGCGCCUCAGAGGUGAAGGCCCUGGAUUCCACUAGCUGUCCAACUGUGGUGACAUGCGUUGACAGUAGUCGCUACAUAUGAGAUCCCAUUUGGUCAUUGAGAUGGUAGACCCUGCUUGUUUUGAGAUACCCGCUGCAAUGGAGGUGUAGUUGCAAGCCGUGGUAUAAGUUGCUUUGAUGACCAGGAUGUUACUUAAAUAUGGAUCUGAAUGUAUGUACCUGUCUUUUUUAUUAGUAUUCAUGUCAUGUAAGGAAUAGCUUUUAGCUGGCUGACAACAUCGCCUUACGGCAAGUUGCUUCUUUCAGUUUGGGGGCACCUCUGUUUGAUGUUAUCUACAGGCAGCGACCGUUUUAGCCAUGUCCAGUUGACAUGCAGUUGCCAACGCAUUGGUCCAUUUGGACCUGGAAGAAGACAGAAUGGGGACUGAAUGGCUGGCAGGGCAGAAUGGAGGCAGGGCACAUUUAUAUGGGCUUUGCUGAUGCACACAGGGGCUGGGAACAGAACCCUGGCACGAAAUGGUCGUCACCUGUAUAUCCAAGACAACUUUUACCUGUCUGAAAGAUGGAUGAAAGAGGAGCUCAGUUGUGUGCUUCAGUACCCUGGAUAUAGUCUUGGAGCUUAGGCUGGCUGUGCUACUAUCCAUGUAAUUUAGGUUGCCAAGAUUAUAAAUUGCCAGGCUGAUUUUUCUCUCUGCUUUCCUCUAGUGCUGUUGUGCAGGAGUGGCUUGCCAUGUCUUCCUGUUCCUGCGCUUCAAAAUCUAGAUCUUAUACAACUUACCAUUCUGUGACAAACUGCAAGGCUGAUUUUCUAGGGUGAAGAUUUACACUUUAUCAAUAAAAUGUGACUGAAGCCACAGCUCUCCAAUUUAGUACAGUGCACACUGUUUUGCCCGCUCAUUGUGUGGGGAGGGUGCCCUCGUGUGGCCUUUCAGUUUUAUUGCAAAUUGGCACAUGAGAAAAUAUUUAAAAUUGCAGAAGGCUGGUUUUCAAAGCUGUUAACUUUGCAUGGUUCCAAGAUCCCGUGUGCUUUUUGAUGCUUACUUGUCAACAGGCAGCAUUCCUGUUCUGUGGGCUGGGGUUUAUAGAAUAAAGGCAGUCAAGGAUUUCUAUUUGUUUCCAGAAGAUGUUGCUGUUCAAGACAUGCCUACUGGAUAGCCGAGUUGGUUAAAGUGUGGUGCUGAUAAUGCCAAGAUUGCAGGUUCGAUCCCGAUAUGGGACAACUGCACAUUGCUGGUUUGGACUAGAUAAUCCUCAGGGUCCCUUCCAACUCUACACUUCUAUGAUUCUGUACUGCAAUCUGUGGAUGUUAUUCUUAGUAAACACGUUUGGAGGAUUACACAGAGUAGCUGAGGUCUUUCAAGCUGUGGGAUGGUGGGAGUGGGUAGGUGGUUGGGAGAGUUGUUUAUUGACAUAAAACGAUUCGAACUCACUUUUCUGAAAUGCUCCUUCCUUAGAAUAAAAAAUACAGUUAAAAUAAAUUGUACAUUAGCUUCUUUUUUUAAGCCCCAACAAGCUUGCCAGAGAAAUCAGCCAAACUUGAGUUGAACUAGGUUUUGCAUUUAUUAGACACCAUAUGCAAGGCUCUCCCAGGUUUUUCAUCAGGCUUCGAGGGUCUCAGCUGAAACACAAUACGGUUUUCAGGCUGCACAGAUGUCUGCAUCUACAUACUGGCAAGAAAGGACUGAAGUAAAAGAUAACAUCUUUAACACUUUUUUCAAUUGUCCCAUUCCUUUCUAACAUUGCACAAUGAUGCAUCUCUCAGGGCUGAAAUGUCAAAAUCACUUCUGGUUUACUUCACCUUUUAUUCACUUUACUUUUUAUUGUUAUAAAUGUGGUUAAAGGUUUUUAAAAAUUAAAUAUAAGUGACUUGAUCGUUCUCUUUCAAGCUCGUAUACAAAUCCCUGCUUCAGUAAAUGUUCUUGAGCCCAUGGCAAGUCCAGUAAAAUUGGACAGGAUGAUGAUGAUGAUGAUUUCAGGUCUUUAUUAAAACACAGGCUUAGAUACCUUUCCAGGCCUGAAGUUUGAAGUCCAACAGUGAGUUAAAUAUUGCUGGACUGCACUGAGAGGCUGCUCAGAGGUAAUCUCCAGAAGGAAUGGUGCGUGGAUGAAAACAGCUGGACGUUCAUGUAAUUUCAAACCUAGAUCCUCUUGCACUGAAUUAACUUCAACAUUUGGUUGUUUGAUAGUCCAGGCUAUUGCUUCCAAGUGGAUCUGUCAAUAUGCACACAGGGUGUGGUUGGUGCUUUGCAAGUGGAGUUUUGUUCACGCCAUGCUCCCAAAAUUUCAGGCGGCAGAGGGACUCCCAACCCUCCAAAGUAGAUUUUGAGGGUGCAGGGGCGGGGCUAUGGGGCAGGGAGGAAGGAGAGGAAGGGAAAGUCCUGUUGCACAAUUGGGAGUCUGUUGCGUGCGCAGAACAGCAGGGUUGGAUGCUGAGAGACAUCCUUUCCCCAUAAAUAGCUACAGGGAUGUCAUCAACACAAAUCAGCAGUCCCCUGGUGCCCACCCCCAUUUAUUUUUUGUACAGAAUAUCAUCUUCCUUUGCCCUGGUUUGGAAAGAGACUACGUUAUUGCAGUCACAUGGGGCGGGGGAGAUUUCAUAUAUGAGCUGGAUAUGCCACACAGUCCAUAUGCAUGAGUCACCCUCUUCCAGUCCUUUGCUGUUACUGCUAUUAAGUGAGGAAGAUACUUAAUCCAGGCCUCCACAUAUUUGUGUUGGUGUGGAUUGCCCAGUUUACAUAUUGCUUCUUUCAUGCAGCUGAACAUACGAGCCAGGAUGUUGUCCUUAAGCCCUGUCCGUCUUGAUUCUAGGGCCUUAUUAGGAGAUUCCAAGAGGAAGGAAAGGGUCUUUGCCUCUGCAAGGAUGUAAGGCUCCAGCUGAGAGGCCCCUGGGCUGCUCCUAUCUUUCUCCUUUGUGACCUUCAUGGCAGGAUGCAGUUUAUGUUUUCCAGUUGUAUCCUGUCCUUGUUCAUUUUAUAUUGUUCUGGGUUUGCUGGGGGCAAGGAUCCUCUAAAAUUCUGGGUGCCAGAUUCUCCCAAUUACUCUCUGAAAUUACUGAAUGUGGCGUUGGCUCAAUGGAUUUAGCAGGGCCUUCACAAUAAGUCAAGCCAGCUUUCUCGGGAGAUUGGCUGAGAGAGGUGCCAUGAAAGAACUAAGCAGAUGAUGGCACUGACAUUACCCUGACGAAAGGCGAGCCAUUGGGACAUUCAGUGUCACACAAGAAGGGGGGGUGGAGUCCCUCCCCCAGCUACUUGUUAGUUAGCAAAAGACAAUAGCAGAGUUGGGAAGGGGAGGUUGCCAGGGUUACAGGGGGCAUGAUGUCACCACAGGAAAAAAUGUCCUUUUUGGGUUGCAUUUUAGGAAAGUCUUGGGUUGCAUUUUAGGAAAGGUUUUGGUCAGAAAGAAGGAUGGAGCCAGUGGCCAUGCAGGCUGACACAUGGAGAAGCUGUGUGGAGAUACAGAUGACAUUUGGGCUACCUUGGUACCAGGGCUGCACUGACGUGACGAGCGAGCCCCUCGUGAGAUGUGAUGCUCGGAACCCUCUCUCCGUCCAGACUCAGAUGUAAAUAUGUGUAAAUAAACUGUACUUCACAAAGAUACUGAAGGCUCCACUAUUCCUCUUUUCCCCAAAGGAAACACGGACACUGGUAAAGUGCCAAGACCCCUGGAAUCUCAAACUCUGCAGUGGAGAUUGGGGUGGCCAGAAGCUAUAUAUCUCUCUACUUAUAUCUAUACCAUCUACAGUGGUACCUCGCAAGACGAAUGCCUCUCAAGACGAAAAACUCGCAAGACGAAAGAGUUUUUCAUUUUUUGAGUUGCUUCGCGAGACGAAUUUCCCUAUGGGCUUGCUUCGCAAGACGGAAACGUCUUGCAAGUUUGUUUCCUUUUUCUUAAAACUGUUACAGUAAUACAGGGUGCAUUGCUUGAAGAGGUGCAGUUGCGACUUGACUUUGGGGAGCAACUCAUAGUAUGCGGUGUGGUAGCCUUUUUUGAGGUUUUUGAAGAUUUUUUUGAAAAAAUUGAAACCAUGCUUCGCAAGACGGAAAAACUCGCAAGACGAAAAAACUCACAGAACAAAUUAAUUUCGUCUUGCGAGGCACCACUGUAUAUCUAUAUCUAGCUAUCUAGCUAUCUAUGCCGCCUUCCAGGACAAAACCCUCCCAAGGAAGUAGGCAUCAAAACCAUGAUGCACAAUAUCUCAGAUGGUGAAUCAAACUGCAAUCUAAAGGAAAACAUUACAACGUUAAAGCAGCAGUUGCUUGUUCCAUCAUAUGUAGGUUGAUCCUUGUUUUGUCAGCAAGUUAUUUUUGGAGUGGCCGCAUUAUACCCCUUUAUGCAUCAUAUAUGAAAUUUCUGGCAUUCAUACACAGUGAGAGGGGGUAGCUCAUCAACUCCCUUCUCAGCACUGGCCUGCUGCUCAGUUUGGUAGCUAACCAUUGGCAUAUGUCCAUGUUUAAAGGUUUAUCCUGUACAGUGGUACCCCGCAAGACGAACGCCUCGCAAGACGGAAAACCCGCUAGACGAAAGGGUUUUCCGUUUUGGAGGCGCUUCGCAAAACGAAUUUCCCUAUGGGCUUGCUUCGCAAGACGACAGCCCAUAGGGAAAUCUCAGGGACAGCGGGAAGCGCAGCGCGUCUUCCCCACUGUCCUCGGACCUCCUCCGAAGCCUGGCGGCGGGGCGGGGACACCUCCUCCCGCCGCCGCCGGGCUUCGGAAGGCUCCUCCGGCCGGGCGGGGGGAGGGAACACUCGCCGCCGCCGCCCGGCUCGGAACGGUGCCCGAGCCGGGCGGGGGAGGGAACACCUGCCGCCGCCGCCCGGCCUCGGAACGGUGCUCCGGCCGGGCGGGGAGGGAAGACCUCCGCCGCCGCCCGGCUUCGGAACGGUGCUCCGGCCGGGCGGGGGGAGGGAAGACCUUCUGAAGGCGGGCGGGGGCGAAAGUCUUGCUCCCCUGCCUGCCUGUCCCGGAGGGCUUUGAAGGCGGGGAGCAAGACUUCGCCCGCCCGCCUUCAGAAGAGGUCCAGGACCUCUUCUGAAGGCUGGCGGGGGCAAAGUCUUUGUCCCCCUGCCUGCCUUCCCAGGGGCUUUAAUUGCCCCGGACAGCGGAGAAGUCCUCCGCUGUCCCGGGUGAUUUUAAAAUGCCGCCCGCCAGCAUUUUAAGAUCGCCCGGACAGCGGAGAAGUCCUCCGCUGUCCCGGGUUUUUAAAAUGCUGGGGGUGGGAAGAAAGCCCUUGCUCCCCCCAGCCUUCAGAAGAGGUCCGGGGACAGACUGUCCCCGGACCUGGUCUGAAGGCGGCUUCCUAGGAACGCAUUAAUUGAUUUUCAAUGCAUUCCUAUGGGAAACCGUGCAUCGCAAGACGAAAAACUCGCAAGACGAAGAGACUUGCGGAACGAAUUAAUUUCGUCUUGCGAGGCACCACUGUAUGUUCAUUGUAUGCACAGAGGUGGAGCCUGUCAUAUAGCAAUCUUGGAUUCUUGGGAUGGUUUUUGUGUGUGUGUGCAGUGCUAUGAGACACCCUUUGGUUUUCUGGUUCUCCUCCAGACGCUGCCUGGCCCUCUGGUUUGUUAUUUGAACAAGGACUCCCCUUAAUAGCAUGUGGAGUACAGAAAUGCACAAGACCAAAUAGCACACAUUGCAGCUGCAGAGCUGGUAAACCUGGGUUCAAAAUAAACUUUCACCUGUCUUUUAACAAGCGGGGCUGCAAUGUGUAAUCAAGUUAAAAUGCUGGCCACUCAAAAAUGUGACCCCUGUUAAUUGAACAUCUGAUUGUCUUUAUUAAAAAAGAUAAAAGUACAGUUUGUAAAAUUGGAGGUGGCUUUUUAGAAGCAUUUUUCUUCUAAAAGGAAAAUAGAUGCCUGCCAGAACAUGCACUGCAUUUCUUUAAAAGAAAGAAAGCGUGCUUUGUGUUUCAUGCUUAGUGUGUUGUUCAUCUGCAGAGUUAGUGGACUGGCUAAUCAAUUUAUUGACAGUAAUAUUAUUGAUUGGUCAGGCAACAGCCCUAGUAGUAAGUAAUAUAGCUCCCCCCCCCUUCUUUCUAGUGGCAGUGUUGCAGGAAUUGGGGGUCCUGUCGUGACAGUCUUCAGUAAAGACCAAGCCUACUGGCUGCUGUUUUGCUCUGGUAUUCCUGGCUGGUGUCCUUGUUUUUUGUCCAAGGGAGCCCUCAGAUUUCUCUGUUAACAGCAGGAAUUAAGAAAUGGGACGGGAGGGAUGCAUGUGCCCAGGAAAAACGUGGAAUCCUCAAGAGGCAGCUUCUGCGGGGUUUGGCUUGAUGCAACGCUUGCAUAUUUCUUGCCCUUUCUGUUUCGACUCCUUUCUAGGGAGCUGGUGAUUAAAUUGCUUUCUUGUCCAGUUGUGUUAUUGGGCAGGGAGUGUACAAGUGUCUGUGGGACUGCAAGCAGUAACUGAGUCUGGGAUGUUUCAUCAUGCUGUUGUGGCAAUUCACCUAGGAGGCUGGUGCUGGCUGAGAUCUCUGUAGAAUUAAGCAGGAGAUGAAAUUACUGGCAGAGCAGUUGUGAGCCAUAGGUAUGUAAUGGAUGGAGAAGCAAGCGUAGGGAGCAGGGAAUACCAGGCUUUCGAAAUUGGCUUCUGCUGUAUGAUGGUGACAUGGGAUUUACUUCAUGCAGUCUGUGUUCCUUUGUGUUCUUUUUAUAGAAUCGGAUUAUCUCCAGCGUUGUCACCUAUUCAGUCAGCAUAUUGAUUGAAAUAAAGCAAUCCACAGUUCCAGAAAGGUAGCUGUGUAGGACUAAUAUAUCGAAAACAGAGAGCCCAGGGGUACAUUUGGCAUGCCAAACUUGCAAACCAAUCCUAAUUGCCCAAUCUGUCCAUAGGCUGCAUUUUAAGUCAUUUUAGCUCCAUCCUUGCUAUGUGACCCAAGGUGAGUGAGGUUAAAAUAACCAGUUGAUUAAGGUCCCAACGAUUGUGUGUGCGCGUGUGUGUUUUUACACCAGACAGACUCAUUGACUCCUUUGUAUGUCUUUGUCAAUAGCUUGCCUUGCACCUACUGUAGAAUUAAGGACUGAGUUGGAUAAUAGAAUACAGUAACAGGCUGUCAAAUGUACCAAAUGGGCCUAUUUCAGUGAGAUUAUAGGGCUAUGUCAGAAACAGAGAGAGGCACAUCUGCAUCAUCAAAGGCACCUGUAAGACAAAAUAAAAAUCCAGGAAGGAAGUGAAGCUAAGGGAUUGUACCAUCUCCCCACCCCCAGGAAGGUGGUAAAAUUUAAGAUCAACCACCAGUUCUAUAAAAGAACAUUCCUUACACGUGUCAAAUAGGACAAUUGGAGCAAGCUGUGCAGCAAAAAUGAUCUUCUUUCACCAUUUCCAUUUUGUUAACAAUAGUGGAAGGACAAUCCAUCUUAAGGAGCACAACCUUAACAUAAAGCACAAAGACAGAAUUUCUGUGUACACCUUCCUUUUUAUUAUGGUUUUAUGCAUUUACUGAUGCUUCUGUUGUGCUUAACUGAUACUCUAUGCCAUUGCCUGUGUCAAAACUGGCUUAUAACCCUAAGUAAAGAUUUGAUCUGAUUUCUUUGUCUGUCUGUUGCCAGCAGAGGCCUGUGAAAGGAGAGUAGCUUUGUAGAUGGGAGGCGAUGGUGCCUUAAGCAACCCCUGUGAGGAACUGGGAUCAAAACAGGAAAUGUCAAAGGUAUGAGCUGCCUAGCAUUGUGUCAAUGUUUAAACAGCGGAGAGGGAUUAUUUUAGAUAGGCUCUGUUUCAUAUGGGCUCUUCCUAUUACCUAAGACAAGGGAGCAGUGGUGGCUUUUGAUGGAUUGUUGGCAAAAGAUGCAGGGUGAUUGGGAAUGGAAAUUAAUAGAUUUCUAUUCUUUUCAAGGUGAGACAUAUCCAAAGUAGACCAGUAUAAGAAACAAAGUCAGUUUUGAAGGUCCACGGAUUUGUCUCCCGUCUGGUGCUUUCGCUGUAAAUAUGGUCAAGGUCUUCUGGAAAGGAAUAAGGCAAUGGAAGGAGAUUUGAAUGCAUUGUGACAUCUCUCUCUUUGUCCUCCUCCCUCACUACCUCAACAAACCAAUAUGGCCCAAUAGCGCUUUCUCUGCUCUACCCCAUAGCCCAGUAGAAUUUUUUAGCUCUCCACAGAUCAGAGCUCUGUAAGCAUCCCUGUGAAUGAAUGAGAGGAAAAGAUUGUCCAAAUAGAAGGGACACCACACAGGGACAUCACACGCUGCCUUGAGAUUAUAUACCCUUAACAAGGUAUAUAAUGUGUGAGCACCUCACUUUGUCAUGAGGUAGGUGGAAGUAGUUGUAUCUGUUAUCUCUAGAAGCUGUUCUAUUUGUACGAGAGAGAUGAUGCAGUUCUUUCUCCAGAAGUAACCUAAGGGAUUUGGUAACAUUUUCCUAUCAGAAAUGUAAAGGUUUACUAUGGCCUGGUUUGCAAGCAGUGCUAAGGCAAACCAUGGCUAAGUGUAAACAAGCAAGCACCUGAGUACGCAGAGUGAAAAUUGUGGCUUUUUUGCUCCUCCACAAGCAGUAAGCCAAGAGCAAACCUUUGUUACAUCUCCUGGUUUGUCUGGAGCAAAACAAAUCAUCAGCUCUGGUUUGACAUAACACUAAGUCAGAUCAUGGCUGGUUCCCUGAUCUAGAAACCAUGGCUUUUGCAACAGGAGUGUUCUGUUGUGACUUGUAGUACAGGGAUUCCACACACACACACACACACACACACACACACUUACACACAUUCAACUUGUGUGCAAUCAGCUUUACGCACUUAGCAAAAAUAAAAAGAAAAUAAAAAGGGGUUGGGAAUGGGGGCGGACAUCUGGGAAAUUCUUCAGUCCCACCCGCCACUGAACCCAAUGGUGUUUUGACUAUACACGAUUUCAUGUUUACGCCCGGUACCCAAGAACGUAACCCCUGCAUAAUUGGGGAGACGCCUGUAUCUACAGACUUCAUACCCCAAUGUAGCUGUAUCGUUAGGUAAAGGUAAAGGGACCCCUGACCAUUAGGUCCAGUUGUGGCUGACUCUGGGGUUGCGGCGCUCAUCUCGCUUUACUGGUCGAGGGAGCCGGCGUACAGCUUCCGGGUCAUGUGGCCAGCAUGACUAAGCCGCUUCUGGCGAACCAGAGCAGCGCAUGCAAACACCAUUUACCUUCCCGCCGGAGUGGUACCUAUUUAUCUACUUGCACUUUGUGCUUUCGAAGGUUGGCAGGAGCAGGGGCCGAGCAACGGGAGCUCACCCCAUCGCAGGGAUUCGAACCGCCAACCUUCUGAUCGACAAGUCCUAGGCUCUGUAGUUUAACCCACAGUGCGACCCGCAACCCUAGCUGUAUCGUUAGACUGCACCUAAAAGCUAACUGUUCCAAGGACAAAGGCAUCAAUAGGUGCAUUCUUUCAUUGCUAACAUGAUACUGGGAAAGGGGUGUAUUUCAGUGGAAGAGCAUUUGCCUUGCAAGCAGAAGAUCCCAGGUUCAAUCCCCAGCAUCUCCAAAUAGGGCUGGGAGAGUACCUUGUCUGAAAACCUGGACAACUGCUGCCAGUCAGUGUAGACGGUGUUGAGCUAGAUGGACCAGUGGUGUUGACCUGGUACAAGGCAGUUUCCUGUGUUCCUAACAAUGGUUUUGUACUGCAAGGCAUUCCGCCCUUGCAGUAAUGGUGGAGUCUGCUUUGCCAGUGUACUCGUGGGAGAAAUUUAAGUAAAACGGGGAAUAAUUUUCAAUGAAAGGUUAGAGCUAAUGUGAUCAAGUCAAGUUUGUCCGCAAUUACUGCACUCUAAGUAAGUUCCCAACCAGUGUAAAUACAAAACUCUGUAACUAUAAAGCUUAGUACAACAAAGAAUACAUAAUAAAAACCACACUGUCUCCGUGCAAACCAUUUCAGGAAUCAAUACAAUACUAAAUUCUUAACAAUUUAUUAUACUAGAACAAAAAAGCACAGCUAUGGCGGUGGGUUUAAAAUAGCAAGUCACAGUUCAUUUUGUGGUUGGCUUAUUGGGCUGGUGGAUAAGUACAAGACUAAUAGCACAGUCUAAUGCAUAUCUACUUGAAAGAGAGUCCCAUUGAGUUCAAGGGAGCUUAUUCCUGGAAACUGGGUACAGACAUAACACACACACCCCCCCGGACCUGUAUAUGUGUGGCGCUGGGAAAUCAAUCAAUCGAUUUAAAUAAAUUCAAAUCUGGAAAUGGCAGGACAGAGCUGGAAAGUCCUCAUGGCUUGUGAGGAGACCCUCCCCAGAGCCCGAUGUUUCAAAGACUUUUAAAACAAGAAUUUAUAGGCUCCAAAAUGGCUUGCGGGGAUUAUCACUGCUGCUGCGCUACCCCUCUCAACAGCCAUUGGACGGGAAGCUACAUUGCAGCGGGCUUGGACACACUUUUCCCUGCUCUUUCUGGCAAUCUGGAGGCAAAGGAACAAUAUGGGUUGCUUUCUCUUACGUAGGGUUCCGAAGAGCUCUGGCCUGUUUUUGUUGUAAAAGAAGAAAGAAUCACCCUAGUUCCCUGCCGUGACGAGGCUCUCCACUUACACACAUUUUGCUUAUGCACACGGGGGCCCGGAACGUAACCCCCGCGUAAGUGGGGAGUCACCAGUAUAGGAUUGCACCCACCACUGCAGUCCUAUAUAGCAACCUUCCCCAACCUCAUCCCCUGCCAUACGUUUUAGACCACAAAUUCCAUCAUUGCUGGCUGGGGUUGAUGAGAGGUGUAGUGCCAAACACCUGGAGCAAACAUGGUUGGGCAAGGCUAGGAGUAAGUCUCAUUGCACUUCAUGGGACUUACAGCACAAUCCACUGUGUAUCUACUCAAACAAGUUCUUUGUUCAUCUUUGCUUUUUCCCACUCACCACAUCACAGCACCAGCAUACAGAGUGUUUCGUCCUCUUUCCCUUAUCUUCCACUUCCUUUUACUUUAUCUUGUAUUUCCCGCUUGACAUAUAACACUAAGCUAAGUGUGAACACAUGAGUAUAUGGGUAAAGCAAAAAUUGCAUCCACUUCACUCCACACCCAGUCAUCCUGCUACCAUGCUACCUGGAGUUAAGCCCUGGUUUGGUUUAGCGUUGCUUCCAAACUUAGGCUUCUGGUUUGCCUGGCUCUAGAGCAGGCAUGUCCAAAGUCUGUUUUGGGGGCCCAAUCUGGCCCACCACUUGGUUUAAUCCAGCCCCUGUGGCAAUUUAUUUCCUGUGGUAAAAUCCUAAAAAACCCUCAACAACUUAAAUCCUAAAAAAAGGUCAACAGCUUUGGGGUAAAAUCAUAAAAAAGGUCAAAAACCUUGGUUGGCCCUUUGGUCGGCCCUCACGGCCCUUCACUUCAUCAAAUCUGGCCCUCUUUGAAAAAAGUUUGGACACCACUGCUCUAGAGUCUAGGCCAGGCAUCCCCAAACUCGACCCUCCGGGUGUUUUGGGACUACAAUUCCCAUCAUCCCUGGCCACUGGUCCUGUUAGCUAGGGAUGAUGGGAGUUGUGGUCCCAAAACAGCUGGAGGGCCAGGUUUGGGGGUGCCUUGUCUAGGCAAACCAUGAGCAGUAAACCAAGGACAAACCUUGGUUACAAAUUGUGAUUUGUCUGGAGUACCCGCGUUCAAAUGAACAAGGUUUCAUGGAACUGCUGUACAAUCUGGUUUGGGCUAACUCAUCCCAUGACCAGUAUUGUGUUGCAUUUUCCCACUGCCAUCAAGCCUCUUGAUUUUGGGAAGAUUAAUAGGUUGGGUCCUUCUUUUUUUCUCCCUUGCCCCUCUCCCAUUCUGUAUUCAACACAUUUUCUGUGCUUUCGAAAGAACUAGCAAUCAGAGGUCAUCUCUUCAUGCGUCCAGUAGAUGGCACACUUUUCUCAGCACAGCUUUGGAUAACCAAAGGAACACCAGAGACAUCUAAAUUUAAAGCUGGGUGGAGGCUGUCCCAACCUUCUGCUUUUCUUCAGAAGAAAAUUCUAUCAUUGAUCCUUCUCGGGAGAUAACAUGCCCUUUUCUUGCUAUAUCAUCUGGGCUAGCAACUAAUCAAACUCUGCCAUUUAUUGCCUGCCUUACAUUUUGGCAGGCAUAGCUGCUGAUGGACCUACUUGCCUUCUGAGUGCAAAAUCAUCACUGUUCCUCCACUUGCAAGUAGCCCAUCUUGAUCCUUGUGCCCUUCAGUUUCUUCCAGGAAGGUUGCAUGGGCAGGCUGCUUUCUGGUGAUUAAACAAUUUGCCGCUGCUGUGCUGUGAUUGGCUAACAUCUUCUUCUCUAGGGACAUGGCCUCUGACCUCAUGUCCUUGGAGAGACAAUGAUUGAGAGAGCUGAAGUGUGUGUGUGCCUUCAAAUAGAGGACAAUGCAGAAUCCAUCGGUUUCCUUUUCUCCCAUGGAAGCCUGGAUGAAAGAUGACCUAAAACAUGAAGGUUUUAGGAGAGUGAUAUAUGUGCAUUUUAAUGGAGAGUUCUGGCAGGAAGGUCUUAAUUUUGCAUGCCAUUGAUGUCUGUAAUGCAAAAUGUAGUUGCUGCCUCAGAUUCCUGUGUUGCUUUUUCCAUUCAUGCAUCGAAAAGAACCAAGUUUCUAGUCCUUAUGCUUGCUGACAGAAGUUACCUUUGAAAGCAUUUGUGCAGCGUUUGCUAAUCGCAUGAAAUCUUGUUGGGUUUUGAAGCGCAUUCCACAUUAAGUAGAAGAUCAGGAGGUAAAACUGCUACUGGGCUGUGCACUAUUUCAGACUGUAGGAAAACGGGUAAUAAAUGUUAGGUUGCUCUCCGGUGUUGAAAUGAUAUCUACACCUAGAAAACUAAAAUUCUGAGGCAAAGGAGAUUGGGAAUGCAAUUCAUUCAGUUACUUAACAUCCCUAGAAAGAAUCUGAUUCCAUCAGUGUUUUGGAAACUGGUAGUUUCUGUAAUCUCUUUGUCUCCUGUGGCUGUUCCUUACCAGUAAUGCAAUAUUCUAGUAUCCCACCCUAGUUCCACCCUACAAUUUUUGCAAAAAGGCAUCACAAAACCUCUAGACAUGUGCCUGGAGGUCACCGUGACUUAAAUUAAUCGAGAAGAGUGUUUGAUGGUUAUAUUGCCAGAAAUCUUAGGAAGUAGGUAAGUGGUCAGAUUGGGGUAAUGCAGGCAACUGGUUUAACAAGUGGUUGCAUGUACAUGCUCUUCUAACUGGUUCCCCUAGUUUUUUUAUUGACCAAACUGGAAAGCUCACUGAAAGCCAACCCCAUGAUUUAAAUAUCUCAAAAGAGGAAAAGUUGAGGGGAAAGCAAGAAAAAAGGCUUGUUCAUUCCAUGGAACCUAUCAUGUACUAAAUCCAGGAUUCAGCCAUUCCUGUUUCCAGCUCUAAGGUGCCAGUGAAAAAAACAACAGUAUUUUAUUAUCUUAGCAUAAACUAUGCUAAAACCAGCUCUGUUCACUGCUAGCUGUACAUGAGCUUGCUCCCAUGCACUGAAUGUGAUGUCUAUUGAGGCACCCCCUCUUCUUCCCCAUACCAGGAAGCUUUACCUGUGCAUCUUUUUCACCUGCCACCACUCAUGUUCCUCUUAAAUUCAAGAGAGUAUUUUUUUUUUCUUUAGAGAGCAUCUUAAGUAUACAGUAUGCACCAGUGCUGUAAAGAGGAGGUGCAACGUAACAUUUUGAUUUUAGAUAGAUAUUGUUGUUGUUGUUUAGUUGUUUAGUCGUGUCCAACUCUUCGUGACCCCAUGGACCAGAGCACGCCAGGCACUUCUGUCUUCCACUGCCUCCCGCAGUUUGGUCAAACUCAUGCUGGUAGCUUCGAGAACACUGUCCAACCAUCUCGUCCUCUGUCGUCCCCUUCUCCUUGUGCCCUCAAUCUUUCCCAACAUCAGGGUCUUUUCCAGGGAGUCUUCUCUCUCAUGAGGUGGCCAAAGUAUUGGAGCCUCAGCUUCAUGAUCUGUCCUUCCAGUGAGCACUCAGGGCUGAUUUCCUUAAGAAUGGAUAGGUUUGUUCUUCUUGCAGUCCAUGGGACUCUCAAGAGUCUCCUCCAGCACCAUAAUUCAAAAGCAUCAAUUCUUCGGCGAUCAGCCUUCUUUAUGGUCCAGCUCUCACUUCCAUACAUCACUACUGGGAAAACCAUAGCUUUAACUAUACGGACCUUUGUUGGCAAGGUGAUGUCUCUGCUUUUUAAGAUGUUGUCUAGGUUUGUCUAGAUAGAUAUAGAUAGAACCAAAAACAAGCUUUAAGCUGGAAAAAAAGUGUAUGAGUGGGAUCCCCAGUGUAGAUAAAGGUAAAGGAUCCCUGGACAUUUAUGUCCAGUUGAAUUUGACUAUGGGGUGUGGUACCAGCAUUUGUCCAUAGGCAGCUUUUCUGGGUCAUGUGGCCAGCAUGACUAAACCACUUCUGGUGCAACGGGACACCGUGACGGAAGCCAGAGUGCAUGGAAACGACGUUUAUGUUCUCGCUGCAGCAGUCCCUAUUUAUCUACUCACACUGGUAUGCUUUCAAACUGCUAGGUUGGCAGGAAUUGGGACAAAGCAACGGGAGCGCACCCCCUCAUGCAGAUUUGAACUGCUGACCUUACGAUCUGCAAGCCCAUGAGGCUCAGUGAUUUAGACCACAGCGCCACCACGUCCCUUACCUCAGUGUGGCACCCAUGGACGCCAGAGUGCCCCUUGCUGCUCCUGACUUUUUUGACAUUACAGGGUAUUUUUCCCCCUGGUCAGGUGGGUUAGAGGCAAGAAAAAGAGAGGCUUUUUAAAAUCACUGUCUGAUGUUCUGAUGUCUGAUGAAUCACUGGGACAUGUUGUGGUGCUACCCAUGACAUAUUUCCCCUGGUCCAAAAAGGUUGGAGGAGUCUGGUGUAUGGGAUAUAGAAGGGAGGAGAUUCUGGUGCAAAUUCAGCUCCAUUGGAAGGGAGCAGUUCUUUUACAGCUACUGCAGCAGCAGCCCCCAACCCUAUUCCAGGAUUGCUUUUUUGCUCUUUUAGCAGUGGGGAAAUGGGCAAAGUUUCCUGUUUCCUCCCACCCUGGAGGUGAAAUUGACAACGGGUUUAUCCAAGAACUCUACAGAAGAAGAGAGCAGGACAGAAGCAAAAGGGGAUAGCGAAGCCUGAUGGCAGAAAGGCAAGCAGGUAACAGAGAGAGGGAGGGUUUACACACAGUCAGUCACCAGCCCUAUCAAGGAUUGCAACCUCCAGACCACAUGAGGCAGAAGCAUUAUAUGAGUUCGUGCCUGAAAGGACUCUUCUGCAAUUGCGAUGGAAGCUCAAAAAUAAAUAAAAUCUACAGUUUUUAAGGGAUGCGGGUGGUGCUGUGGGUUAAACCACAUAGCCUAGGACUUGCCGAUCAGAAGUCGGCGGUUCGAAUCCCCGCAACAGGGUGAGCUCCCGUUGCUCGGUCCCUUCUCCUGCCAACCUAGCAGUUCGAAAGCACAUCAAAGUGCAAGUAGAUAAAUAGGUACCGCUCCAGCGGGAAGGUAAAUGGCAUUUCCGUGUGCUGCUCUGGUUCGCCAGAAGCGGCUUAGUCAUGCUGGCCACAUCACCCGGAAGCUGUACGCCGGCUCCCUCGGCCAAUAAAGCGAAAUGAGUGCCGCAACCCCAUAGUCAGCCAUGACUGGACCUAAUGGUCAGGGGUCCCUUUACCUUUACAGUUUUUAAAGACUGGAGUGAUGCUUAUAUAAGGACAGGAAUGCAACAGUUCGGGAGAGGUGUCAUUUGGGCUAUUGUAAAUCAAUGGUUCCCAUGCCAGAUAAAAAGACUAGUGUGGUUUCUCGACCACCAUUCAGUCUGGCCCCUUUGACAUUGCUGCUCCCCACCCCACCCUUUUAGUCUUGUAACUACCAUCCAUUGUGCAUCUUUUUUCUCACAUGCUCAUAGCAGCACAACCUGCCCCUUGCAAGAGCAGGAAUAGCUACCAUGAUGCCCUCUAGGGGUUGCAGACUCUCAACUCUCGCCAUUCCUGGCCACUGACCAUGCUGCUGGGAGUUGAGAGGGAACCAUGUCCUGCCUUUCAGCCUUUUCAGUUGAUGCCAUUUCUUGCCGCUAUCUUCUGAUGGCUAAACCAGGUUUUAAGAACAUGGAUUGAUAAUGACCACCGUUCUUAUUUCUUCGAUAUUCGCAUUCAUCUAACCUUGCAGACAAUUUGACAAAAGUUACUAUGCAGCAACAAUACUUACUGGUCUGCUUGCCUUUUUUCUUCUUCCUUUUUUGCAUACUCCUGCGAGCCGUUUUUGGCUCUUCCAACUUUAACAAGAAAUUCCCUGCCUGGCUGGCCUGGAGGCAAUUCCUACUUGUUAUAGGCAGAGUGGCUGUUUUUGCAAGCCAGCAUUAAUCCCAGCAUCGAUAGGCCAUAUGUUCUCCUGCGCUGCUUUACGACGAGCGCUUCAUUGGCGGCUGCCUUAACAAUGCACUUAUUGCUAAUAUUUAACAAAGAGCAUCCUUUCUUGUCCUACCUGCUCACUGCCUCGCUCUGUCUGUAUUCUGUACUCUUUUGUUCAGAACAGAAUUCUCUCUCCCUCCCUCUCUUUCCUUGCAGCUCAUGCAGCGAAAAUUGCCUGGCUUGGUUCCCUAAUCCCAGCCCUUGAAAUAACAAUAUUAAACACUCUUGGUAACCCUUCUGGUCAGCUCUCCCCAUUCCUGCCCCCUCCCUGGCUGUGGAAUGUUAUGCCAUACUCCAGUGGGUUUUGAACAGCGGUGCCAAUCUCUUUGGGUGGUGCUGGCUGGGCAAGUGCUGGAGUUCUCAGCAGAAUAUAAAUUGGUGGUGGGGGGUGCUUUAAUCUGCCAGGCAAAAAAAGGACCCUUUGAGAUUCUCUGCUCAUUGCUAAUAUGCUAAGAAUCUGAGAACAAGAAUCUUUAGGUGUUUCCAGUGACUUAGUUUUUUUUUGUUUUUUUUAAAGGCUUGAUUGUAAUUAGCAUAAUGAGUUCUGACUUUUAUUUUUGCAUGGAUGGAUAGGGAGGAGGGAGGCAGGGAAAGCGUUGCAAAAUGACCCAUUGAUUCUUUUUUUCAAAAAUAAAAUAAAAUAGAAUAAACAAGGCUAAGAAAGCUCUCCUUUUCCAGGCUGGACCAGCUGGAAGGUAAACAUUUCUCUUCAUGCUGUGCUAAGAAAUCACAUUUUCCAUCUCUAGGAUUUGGGGGGGGGGGGGCGGGCGAGAGAAGUGUUACAUUUCAAUUGAUUUAUUAACAAGCUGAAGCCCAGGCGCAAAGGACCCCCCCUCUUCUGUACAGAAUGUAAAGACGUAUCUUUUGGCUUUUGCAAUACUUGCCUUGUUUUAAAAGGAAGGUCAGGUUCAUGUCCACGCCUGCCUCUCAAUGGUUAGCUGUGUUAAGCUGCAGAGGGGUGUGUGACUGUGUUUAUUCAUAAGUGUCAAACGACUAGACCUGUCACCGCUAAGCAACUGUAACAACAAAAAUGUUGAGGAAAAUCCUUUCCUUGGAUUUACCGAAGCAUGCCUCACCUGUUUAGCAAGUAUAUGUGUGUGUGUGUGUGUGUGUGUGUGUGUGUGUGUGUGUGAGAAAUGGGAGAGUGAGCGCACUUAUACAUGAAUGUACAACUUGCAUUUGACUGGCUAAAGCAGAUUAAAGCACAUGGAUUAUUUCGUAGCAAACUGCUAACAGCUUCUUCUUCUUCCUUUUUGCCAUUCCCAUUUUAAAUUAAGCUGUUUAUCCUCUUUGCAUCACUUAUAGUAGCUAACAAACCUUUUUAGUGGAGGAAUCGUUGGCCAUGCUUCUGUACCAGAAUCCUGAAAAUAUCAAGCUCUUUGUUGCUUAAAUAUAUUGGAAUAUGUUGUAUAGAUUAAAAUAUGCAAUGUAGGCGAAAUUGCAUCAGUUUCACUGAAUGGCUCUUUUGGGCCAGUCACUGACUGGAAUGUAUAUUGGGCUAGAGGGGCAACAAAACAACAAAACAGCAACAAAAAAGAGGAGUGGGGAAAGUGCAAAAUGGACACUUCCUGCCUGCUAAUGUGCCACAUGAUCACCUCUGGCAUCUCUCUAUUAUUAGCAGACUGUAUUUUGAGAAUCAUGGCUAAUGAGGACAUGCAUUUUCUCUCUAAAUUAAAAAUUAGGAGGCCUAUCAGAACUGGUGUAAUAUAAAAAGACUUUGUGUAUUAACGGAUUCCAUGCUGUGCAUAGCUGAACACUGGCCAGGCAGAUUCAGAGGAGUAUCCAACCUCCACUUCAGGCACAGCCCUGGCUGUGAAAUUGCCCUGAAAAUUGUCUCUUUUCUCUCUUCCCUUCCUCUCCCUUUUAAUAUGUUGGAAAUGAAGUGGGGUUCUACAAAGGAUCUCUCACUCACACACACAACUGUGUCCUUGUGUUGAGCCAGAGCAGUAAGGGAGCUCGCCUUUAAUGCAAUGAUAGGGUUUCUAGAGCGAGCUAUAAUCCUGACCUUUUCUAUUUUCUAUUUUAUUGUUAUUAAGCGUCCCACUAAAGGAGUGUGCUGUACUAAACAUGGUUUAGUACACACGGUUUAGUACACAACUGAGUUGUGUACACAACUAGGUAUUUUCAUCUUGGAUCAAAAUGCCAAACAAAAUAACUUGUCUGAAUCCUGUUUUGUGUGUGCACGCUCACGUGUGCACACAUGCGCAAUUUUGGAUUCUCUGAGAGAAGAGUAAAGGUCUGAUACGAAAGUUUCCCAUAUAGCAUUAGCAUGGAUACUGAAAAUGACUGACAUUGCUGCAAGCAUCACUCAAAAGGGCUUUUGUUUUCUAUUUCCCCACUAUUUGAUGAGGAGCAGAUGCCAGCACAGACAAAAUAUAAACAGUCUGGGCUUUGAAUAUCUCCGUAAUCCAUUUUUAAGAGAGGAAUAUCUGUUAACCGAUAAACUCAGAAGAAUUAUUAGCUUAUAUAUAUAUAGAUUGUUGAAUCCGCUACCUAACGUUGCAUGGAAAUUUCAUGUAAGCAUUGCUCCCCCCCACCUUCCAUCUUUUCCAUUGUGCGUAGCUAGGCAAAUUUGUCUGUAGCAGGAAUGUUCCUAAUGCAGUCCCUAGUGACCUUUGUGGCCAUGAUUGGCAGGCUGCUGUCAAGGUAGAACUUUUGCCUCAGUGGUGGGAAGGAGCAGAACAAAUGCCAGAGGACAGCUCCAGCUCCCUUGGGGAACUGGGCUAAAAAGGUGAAAGAAUCGCAAUUACAGGAGGUUUUCUAGCACAGAAAGUUAAUUAGCUACUUAAAUAGCAUUUAGUGGCACUUGCUAGGGGGAAAUGGACACAUAACAAAGGUCUGUGUGCAUGUGCAUGAGAGAGAGAGAGAAGGAGGGAGGGACCCAUGCCAACAUUCUGGCAUUGGGGGCUACAACAUUUCCAGAAGUCAGUCUUUCUCAAGAAUAAUGGGACGUACUUGGUUAGUGGAAGGAAAGGGAAUUUAGACUUUGCUACAGUCCUGGACUGGAUGCGGGUGGUGUCCCAGUAUCAUGUUAGCAAUGAAAGAAUGCACCUAUUGAUGCCUUUGUCCUUGGAACAGUUAGCUUUUAGGUGCAGUCUAACGAUACAGCUAGGGUUGCGGGUGGCACUGUGGGUUAAACCACAGAGCCUAGGACUUGCCGAUCAGAAGGUUGGCGGUUCGAAUCCCUGUGACGGGGUGAGCUCCCGUUGCUCGGCCCCUGCCAACCUUCGAAAGCACGAAGUGCAAGUAGAUAAAUAGGUACCACUCCGGCGGGAAGGUAAAUGGUGUUUGCAUGCGCUGCUCUGGUCCGCCAGAAGCGGCUUAGUCAUGCUGGCCACAUGAACUGGAAGCUGUACACCAGCUCCCUCGACCACUAAAAUGAGAUGAGCGCCACAAUCCCAGAGUCGUCCACGACUGGACCUAAUGGUCAGGGGUCCCUUUACCUUUUACAGGCCUGGACAAACAAAAAUUGAAGAUGCAAUCGCCUUCAUUUUUGUCUAAAGAAUAUUGCACUUAAGGUAAAACAAGGGAUGUGCAGUUUCUCCUCAAUCCCUGCUCUCCACCUAGAUUUUAUAUUAGAAGUUCUUUGAAGCAGGAGCCUGUGUUUUUGCUUAAUCUGGAAAGUGGUGUAUGCAUGCUGGUGGUUCUAUAGACAUAAGUCUAAUCUUUGAAUUUGAAAUUCUGCCGCAGAGCUGUUGUCCUAUUGCUGAAUCUAGUGGUGUUUUUGCUGUUGUAGAAAUAUCUAAUCCACUUUCAAAACAAAAAUAAAACUGCAAAAUGCAGCAGUCAGUUCCAGAAUUUAAAUUGUAGGGUUUUUUUUUUUAAAAAAAAGUUUUCUUAAAUUUUCACUUCCAGAAAUUUCAAUUUAAAUUGUUGUGAACAGGUAGAGAAAUCUAGGCCUGCAUUUGCAGGUGGAGCUCUUAAUAUCAUGGCUUGUUGCCUCAUAUGGCUGGUCAGCAGAUCAGCGUAGACAAAGGAGGAAGCCAAGAUGUAGAUGCUUUGAUGAGCUUAUUAUUUGGUGUGACUGCUAACAGAAAGGCCCGCAAGGCAAGGAGGCACAGAAGGCGCCCCUUGGAAUUGGCUUAGUGUUUCAAAGCGGGCACGAUACAGCACCACACACAAUUACCCCGACUCCAGUGGAAGAUUUGCCACUGGCUUCAUUUCAAGCUUCACUAGAUACUAGAUUAUGAUUUUUAAUUGCUUUAUUUAGACCCUGAGACUGAAAGCGAAUCCUUUCAUUCAGCUUUUGCUCCAGAUCAGGGGUGGCCAACUCCCAAGAGACUGCGAUCUACUCACAGAAUUAAAAACUGGCAGUGAUCUACCCCUUUUGGGGGGGGUUCAGGUCAAAAUUGUUGAGCUUUUUUUAGGGAGGAGGAAACCCCCAGUUAUUGAAAAUCCAAGCCUAGGCUCAAGGGGAACAACCACUCAGCAACAGAUCACUGCGGGGAAACAAACAGCCUCCCUAAGUAAACUCCGUCUUCCAUUAUGCAGAUCGUGCAGCAAUGGAGGCCGGGACGAGGGGGCAGGGCUGGAAUCUAUUUUACCAACACUAAGGAAAGGGAUUGCCAAAGAAUUGAUGCUUUUGAAUUAUGGUGCUGGAGGAGUCCCAUGGACUGUAAGAAGAUCAAACCUAUCCAUUCUUAAGGAAAUCAGCCCUGAGUGCUCACUGGAAGGACAGAUCCUGAAGCUGAGGCUCCAAUACUUUGGCCACCUCAUGAGAAGAGAAGACUCCCUGGAAAAGACCCUGAUGUUGGGAAAGAUUGAGGGCACAGGAAGGGGACGACAAAGGACGAGAUGGUUGGAAAGUGUUCACAAAGCUACAACAUGAGUUUGAUCAAACUGCGGGAGGCAGUGGAAGACAGGAAUGCCUGGCGUGCUCUGGUCCAGGGGGUCACGAAGAGUCGGACACGACUAAACAACAACAACGACAAAGGAAAGGGAUCCAGCAAUCAACCGUGAUCUACCAAAACCUCAUGGGGAUCUACCAGUAGAUCGUGAUCGACCUGUUGGACAUCCCUGCUCUAGAUUGCUAAACUACAUGGUUGUCCCUUAUGCACAUAACAGGAAAAUCAACAAUGGCACAUCUUUAUCCAUGGGUCUCUGUGUUAGGCACAGUACCACAUAAACACAAAAAAACUAGGUUCCAAUGCCUGUUCUCAUUGUACCCAGGCAGAUACCUAUGGGAAACCCGCAAGCAGAACCCAAGCACAAGAGCACUUUCCUCUCCUGUGGCUUCCAGCUACUGGUAUUUGUUCUAGCAGAACAAACAGAAAUUAUAUAUGAGUUAUGUACACUUCUUUUAAUGAGUUACCAACUACAGGAGCAUCAUGACCUGGUUAAAACCUAGAUUACGACUGUUAAAUUACACAACUCAUUUUCAUUGCCAAUGUGGGAGUUGAAUGCCCAAUAUGAUAUCUGGUUUUAGAUGUAAAUAUAGGUCCCUGUGGUCAGUCCUCAGUCUAAUUGGAUAUACUUGUAAUUAUGUCCUGCAUCUUAUUUUAUAAGUGGAUGUUGUCAAAUUAGUACGUUAAUUAUCAUGUGAUGAUGUAAGCACUAUGGUAUAAGGAUUGCCUAAACUAAAAGGAAACUGUAUUCACACCAUCCUUUGAAGAAACUCCUGAGAGUCAACAGAUACUUCCGAAGGGUCCUUGGCCAGCAACGAAGAAAACAUCUGAAUGACUUACCAGCUACUUUGAAUAUGGAAUCUUUGCAAACUGAGAAAGUUAGCUUAGUUGAUGUAGCAGCACAGACUAGUUUGGAGUGAGUAAGCUGCCCCUAUCCUUCACAGCUUCCAUGGUCACUUUUUAAUUUUUAAAUUUUUAAUAAUGUUCUUUGUUUUGGAAGGUAGUUGUACCCUAGCCUUGAAAUACUUUUGGGGAAAAUUCAGUAUGUAUCCUUCACCCCAACUCUUCUGUUGGGCUCCCCAAGGAAGUAAGCUCUUCUCUUACCUUCACCUGUCUUCUUCAGUCUUUCUGACAAAAGGCAGAUCACCAGUUCUUCCAUGGUUACCUAACAAAACAGGAUUCUGGGCCUAUAUUUUGCUUGUUUGGACCAAGUUAACUGCUCUUUCCAGUAUGCGAUCUGCUCAGUCUCGCAGCUGCUUUGGGAGUCAAGAUGGUGGUUUCCCCAGGGCAUUCAGAAUGAAAUAAGAUUUGAGUUUUAAGUUUCCAGAAAUCUUGAGGACUUGUGGGUAGUGGAUUUUAAAAAGAUGGACCUGUGCAGGAACAGCUGUUACGCUAUUUCCACUCCCCACCUAGCUAGUCGCUGAGCUGCUGUUCUGUGCCAGAAUGUUCAACAGAUGUGUUGAUUUUGCUUCUGUCUGUUGCAUAGUUUUGAUAAUAGGUGCAGUUUCUGUGAGACAGAAGUCAUUUUGAAAUAAGGAAAACCUCUUUUUUAUGGGGCAGAAAUGGUGGAGCUGAGGUGGGGGUAACGGACAAAGUGCGAGAUUGGUUACAUUAUGCUCAGAUUAAAGAAGUUUUUAAAAAUGAUAAGAAACUAGGGUUCCAGGUGGAGAAAUCGAAAUUAGAAACAGAAUUGUUAGAACCAAAGAUUAAGAUACUUUCAAGGAUGUAUAACUUGCUGUUGGAAUGGAAUACACAAGAUGAAAUGGUUAAAUCGGCUAUGAUAAGGUGGGCACAGGAUAUUGGGCAUAAUAUUAUGUUUGAGGACUGGGAAAGGCUGUGGAGUAAUGGAUUGAAAUUUACUGCAUGUAAUGCUUUGAAAGAAAAUGUAAUGAAAAUGAUUUAUAGAUGGUAUAUGACCCCAGUCAAACUCGCAAAAAUUUACCACCUGUCUGAUAACAAGUGCUGGAAAUGUAAAGAGUGUGAAGGAACGUUCUUUCACCUCUGGUGGACCUGCCCUAAAGUGAAGGCGUUCUGGGAAAUGAUUUAUAAUGAAUUGAAAAAGGUAUUCAAAUAUACUUUCACUAAGAAACCAGAGGCUUUCCUUUUGGGUAUUGUCAGCCAAGGGGUGGCAAAGAAGGACCAAACAUUUUUUUAUGUAUGCAACAACAGCAGCAAGGAUACUACUCGCAAAACAUUGGAAAACUCAAGAUCUACCCACACUGGAAGAAUGGCAGAUGCAACUGAUAGACUAUAUGCAACUGGCUGAAAUGACUGGCAGAAUCCGUGACCUGGGAGAAGAGAGAAUCGAGGAGGAUUGGAAGAAAUUUAAGAACUACCUACAAAAACAUUGUGAUUUGACUGAAUGCUGAAUAAGAUGCUAGACUAAAUAACUGAGCACCACUUAACUUAGAAGUUUUUAAGAAAAUAAGAAAAACUGUGAAAGUUUAACUCUUUAUGAGAACUAUAAGAUCAUGAAAUAUCGAAGAGAUAUAAGAAUUUAAAUAAGAUGAUAAAUUGCUGACAAAAUGUUAUAAUGAUGAAGGUGGGAGCGGGAGAUGUGAGGAAGUCCAAAGAAAAUGUGAAAUUAUGUUAAGACGAAUGUUAUAUUGUUUAUUACAUUUAUUCCUAUUGUAAAAUCCAAUAAAUUGCUUUAAAAAAAAAAAAAAAAAGGGUGAGAGAGCUUGGGAGGCAGGAGACCCAAGAAACGGAGAGCCCAAACAGCUGUGAAUUACUUAUCUAUGAUCACUGAAGAUGUGCAAAUAAAAGAACUUAAAAGCAAAUUUGGAGAUGGUUAGAAUAUUUCUGUUUAAAGAAUUAGCAUGUACAGUGGUACCUCUGGUUGCAAGCAGGGAUCCGUUCUGGAGCCCCGUUCGCAACCUGAAAGGAGCGCAACCUGCAUCUGCGCACGCGCUGGUUGGGAUUCGCUGCUUCUGCGCAUGCGCGUGAUGUCAUUUUGCGUGUCUGCGCAUGCACAAGCGGCGAAACCCGGAAGUAACCCUUUCUGGUACUUUCGGGUCAUCGCAGGAUGCAACCUGAAAACAUGCAACCUGAAGCAAACAUAACGUGAGGUAUGACUGUAUUUAAAUUUGAAAUGUUUCUGGUAGUAGAUCAUUGGGCUCUACUGUGUGUGUGUGUGUGUGUGAGAGAGAGAGAGAGAGAGAGAGAGAGAGUACACAGACAGAGAAACUGACUUCAAGCUGUAUUGCUGAACUUGGUCUCUCCUGCACAUCAGGGGAGGGGGCUCUGUUAACAAUGGAGCCCUCAGCUUGGCUGUCUAGGGAAUGUGUAUUGGAAUGCAAUGACCCAAACCACUGGUGAAUGCUAAAAAUAAGGCUCUUCCAGUGGUCUAGUUCAGUCUGUGGCCCUGGUUUGGGGGGCACUGUUUUCAGGAUAGGAAAGCAUGCUGGUGGGGAUGUUCUGCACAGGCAUGCUGAGUGUGUGAUUUCUUCAGCGUUCAGUGCCUACAUUGUUCAAUAAGCGGAUUAGAAAACACUGCAUAAAGUGGCUUUUCAGGGGGCUGCUUUUAUACCUGCUCCUUGCCUUGUUUUGCAAACCAUGAUUUCACAGUAGAGCCCAUUCAGGCUGUUCAAAUGGAUUGGCCUUUUCAAGAUCUCAGAGGUCACAGUUUCAGAUUCACUUAUUUCCCAGAGCACUGCUGUUUUUCUUGGGGCAGGAGGGAGGAUGAUUUCAUAGGGGAGGGAAGGGGUUACUUUCUGAAAUCCGGACCCUAUUUGGGGGGCAAUAUAUCUCCUGAGUUCAGUUGCUUAACAUGCCGAAAAGCUUUGUCUGGCUUGUUGUCCCUAGUAUUUUGUGGUUAAACAGCUGUGCAGCCACUUUGUCUAAAAAUGAGAUGUGUGAUGCUACCAGCUGAGUUUCUAUGUGGUAUCGUAUUUUGCAUUCCUAGAGUAAGGGUGCUGAAAUCCUGUUCCUUGACUAUUCGUUUGAGGGAAAUAUGCCACGAUAUAAGCAGGGAGUUAUUCUUACAUUUGAAAUGGUUCCUCUAAAGGGUUAGUGUGUCUUCUGAUUUGCAUAUAUUUCAAUUUGAGAUGUGAUGGGAAGUAGGUGGUUUUUGUCUGCAGAAUGUAUACAUGCAGACUAUGGAAUUUCAUUCCUGUUAUUUCUGGAGAAAUGUGGCCAAUGUCACUACCAAACAUUUCUCUGUGAUUAAAGGACCUAAAGCCCUUUCCCUUCCAAGGUUCUUUUUCUACCACAGAACAGCCAGUAGAAUCAUAGAAUCAUAGAGUUGGAAGGGACCCUGAGUGUCAUCUAGUCCAGCCCUCUUCAAUGCAGGAAUAUGCAGCUGUCUCAUACGGGGAUCGAACCUGUAACCUUGGCAUUAUCAGCACCACACUCUAACCAACUGAGCUAUCCAUACUACUGUUUGUAUGCUAGCCAUUUGAAGUAUAUUUGUAUAAAUAGAAGAGGCCUGCUUGGGAAGAGAUUUUAGAGCAAUGGUCGCCAACCUCUUUGGGUCUGGGGGGCACUUUUGGAAUUUGAGAAGGUUCCCACUGCCAAAGGUGUGGCUUAGCACUAAAAAGCUGCUGACUGCAAAAGAGCAGAAAAAGAAAAGAGCUGGGAACAUAAAAUGUUUCAAAUAUGGAAAAAAUAUGUUCAGGUGUUGAUUUUGUUUUGUUUUUGGUUCACAAAAAAUGUUUGGAAAACUCCCUUCUUUUCUGGACACAGUUAAAUCUUGGUUGUUAUGUUCCCCCUGUUGCUGGUUUGCUGCUGUGGAAUAGAGCUGGAAAAUAAAGAUAACUGAAUGCAGAAAUAAUUUUGAAUUACUACAGCCAGUCAUACAUUCACAGAUACACACACACACAGAGACACACACACAUCCCAUUCUUAAUUCUGGCUGGCGAGUGUUUUUUUUUUAAAAAAAAGAUCUUUAGGGAAUGGAAAAGAAUAGAAUACAAACACAAGGAAAAUACAUGAAAAAUGCAUAAAAUGAGCUUGACUCGAACAAUACUGGCUCAUACUGGUAUGAUGUUUAAGGCUGACUAUCAUCUGCAAGCUUCUCAAAAUUAGGGCUGUAUGAGAAGAGAACAGGGAUUAUGCUUCUGCCUUUUCACUGUGCUGACUCUCCCCAAACAACUUUGGAACAAUCCAUGCUGCGGACCAGGCAGAGGUAAAGGUGAUAACAGUGAUGCCUUUAAAAUGGGUGUCCCCCCAAAACAACAACAACAAAAUUGGAACAAUCAGGGAAAAGGUGGUGAUAAUAAUGACAACGACAACAAAAUGUCUUUGGUAACAGGUCUGGACCUCUGCUUAAGACUUCAGGGUUCCAUUGAUAGGGUGAAUAUUGCAGUACUGAGCUAAAUAGACCAGCGGCCUGGUUCUGUAUAAGGCAGCUUGCUACAUUCACAUGUUCAUGUGACAGGCUGACACUGAUGUAGAAAGUGCUUAACGGUUUUUUUCUUUGCCCUGCGAGAGAGGCUGCUGCAUCUGUUUUACAAACUGGAAGCUGUGGUCAAGAGAGGGUCAGUGCCCGGCCACCCAGUGGGUCUGGCAGAAAUGGAACUCAGAGUCAAGUGGUUUCCCGAAGUCCUUUCACAGCACAGGAGCCACAAGCCUUUUAGCUGCUUCCACUUUGGCCAGCAUGCUUGAAACAUUGCUUGCUUCUCUCUUUUUUUAAAUAUUGUCCUCUCAGCAUUGUUGCACUUUGAGGAAACCUACCUGCUCCGCUCACCAGCCCUAUCUGGGAAUCAAGCACAGACAUUGGUUUGAAGCUGGUGUUGGCCAACCAGUGUUGCCUGUUGGGAAUUCAUAAACCUGCUGAAGUGAGAGUGAGACAUUAGGGUUACUGACUUGAAAAAACAUGCACACAAAUUUGGACUUUUCUCUAAUGCCACUUUGCAACUUGGGGAAUGCUGUGCCUUCUGAUUAAGUGAAGCUUAAUGAAAACAGUUGGCGUUUUUUUUUAUACUUCCAGCUUUCUUUUUCUUUUGCUCAGAGCAUUUUAUUCUUGCAGCAAUGGAUAAAGGUUAGACUGAGUUGAUGGCUUGCCCAACACCACAGAGUGAGCUUCAUAGCCAAGUGGGGUUGAGUCUGUUUCCCACAUCAAAAUCAAGCCCUCUAGCUCCUAUACCGCACUGGCUCUUGCAGUUAGUAAUUUUCAGGUAAUUUUUCCUGCCUUCUUCCUUUCUUCCUCUUUUGGUGCCACUCUCUCAUGGUGGUGUAGCGAACCGUGCGAAAGCCACAUGACUCGCUCAGCCAGCUCCAACUCAAGCCUUGAUCCCAACUCCCAGUUCCAAGAGAAUAACGUUCAAGUACAGACCUCCCGGUGGGAUGAGCAGCAGAAGGUGUUUGCCUUGGAACAGAUCUGUGGUGUCUUCAGAGUUGACCUGGGACAGAUGCGGUCUCUUCGCCUGUUUUUCAGGUAGGAUAAUUCCUUUGGAGAUGGUCUGACAUGCCUUCCCUUGCCCUGUUACCUAGGAGAGUGACAUGGCAGCAGGACCAGGGUGAAUUUCCAUCUUUCAUUGUUCUCUGAGUGGAAGCCCACCUAGGAAGUUCUAAUGGUAUCAGGUGUGCUCCUCUGCGUCCGUCUUUCAGACAGCAGAUUACCUGUACAUCCUCUAUGCAUUCUGAACCAGUGAGCCAAGACUUACUGUCUAUUUCUUCCCACUCCCACCACCUUUUUUGAGAGGGGAUUUUACUGGGCUAGCAAAAAUAUAUAAUGUGGUGAUUUAGUAGUAGGCCAGAUUCUAUAUAUCUAUACAAGUGGCUCUUCCUACCCAGCUUGGAAUCCAUAACUUGCAUAAAACUUGGCUUCCUGAGGCUGGGGCUACACAUUACCUCAGCAAACAUGGAUGUCUGCCAAGGUAAUAUGUAAUUUUAGCCUGGGAAUUUGCUUCUGUUCCAAUUUCCCCCUCCACCUCCACAGUGGUACCUCGGUUUAAGAACAGCCCUGUUUAUGAACUAUUUGGUUUACGAACUCUGCAAAACUGGAAGUAGUGUCCCGGUUUGCGAACUUUAUAUCGGUCUAAGAACAGAAGCCGAAUGAUGGAAGGGCACCGGUGGCAGGAGGCCUCAUUAGGGAAAGCGCGCCUCGGUUUAAGAAUGGUUUCGGUUUAAGAGUGGACUUCCAGAACGGAUUAAGUUCGUAAACUAAGGUACCACUGUACCAUGGUUUCAAAGGAAAGGUUUAAAAUGUGAGGCAGUGAAGGUAUUAUAAAACUGUUGCCACAUACCAUUUUCUUGUGACACAAACUGAACGAACAUAGUCUUUCAGUCUGGCUGAAGGUUACACACCACUCUUUCUCUUCAUGCUCAGGUAGCUGUGGAGCCCUGGGAGAACAUAGCUGCUAGGGAAGAUGCCUGAGCUUAUGGAAACCUAACUUUUCCAUCCUGAUCUGUUCAGACUCCCCAGGCUACCUAAGAGAGCCUGAAACAUUUUGGAGCAUGAACCCAGAAGGAAACUCCUUUUGUUUCUUAAACCCCAAGGCAAAACGCAUUGAAUAACUUGAGGAAAUAAUGGUUUUACACUGAAAGGAGGAAGGUAGCCUUAGCCAGUGUUUGAAACUCCCAUUGUUCUAGGCACAUUUUGUGACAGGGAAUUUCAUUAGCGCGAGCUGUUUCUGAGCUCUGGGCACAGUACUGCGCCUAAGAUUUCAGACAAAAACUGCAGAGUGGAAGAAAAGGAGGACCCUUUUCUGCCUCCCCACUUCCAGCUACUCUCUGAAGACUGGAAAAGAGACCCUCUUAAGAAUAUUAGGGGGGUGGGCAGGGGAAGGACUAGACCAGGCAUGGCCAAACUUGGCCCUCCAGCUGUUUUGGGACUACAACUCCCAUCAUCCCUAGCUAACAGGACCAGUGGUCAGGAAUGAUGGGAAUUGUAGUCCCAAAACAUCUGGAGGGCCAAGUUUGGCCAUGCCUGGACUAGACCAUGUGAAAAAUGAACAUAAUGUUUUAGCUGCAGUUCAUUCAUUUUCAGCUUUGCAUUCUGGUUAUAAAAAAGCGUGCCUAGACAUUCCGUUGUUGCGCCCAUAACUAGGAUUAAGGUGUGCCAUUUAGCUCCUAGCUUUCAUAUCUCAGUUUCUAACAUUGGCCUUAGCAUAGGAAAUAAAUGAAAGGUGAAAACAAACACUAAAAAAAAAAAAAGGAAACUGCCUUACACCUAAUCAGAUCAUUGGCUCACCCCACUUGAUGUUGUCUGCAUUGAUUGGAAGCAACCCUCCAGGGUUUCGGGGAUUCCUUCCUAGACAUGGGGUUGAACGUGAGACCUUUUUUAUGCAAAUUGCAUGCUCUACCUCUGGACCUUUAAUGGGUAUAGUAUAGUAUAGUAUAGUAUAGUAUAGUAUAGAAUAGAUGAAAAUUGACACUGAAUUAUGGGACAUAAAUAUGGGCAUGCACCUACUUUAUACACCAGUUGGAAAUCUUGGAACGUGCUCAGUUUAUGGCAUCUGAAAUGUACGUCCGUACAGUCCUGUUCAUUCAAUGUAAAUUCAUGAAAAAGAGCUUCCUUCCCAGUGGCAAAGAGCAGUGCGAUGAAGCCUGGCCUUUAAGCCCUUGCCUAAGCCUCUGCAUGCCUUUUUACGGCAUAUUUGUUCAUAGUGCUUCAGCCACCAAGGCCUCUGGAAGUAACUCAAACCACUUCCCCAAGCCACAGCACUCGCCAUAGUGUUUUGAACCCACUUACAGAAUCCCGCUGAAAAUGGAUUUAAAGUUUAAAGUGUGUGGUUUUGCACCGAAUUGUUGCAGUAAGGUGUUUAUGACAUUGGCACCCCAGAUGAGCGGUAUGUAUGGGAUUAUCCCAUUUUCUUCUCACAGAUAAGUGUGUAAGGUAGCAUUAGAUAGUGACUAAACCAAGCUCACUCAGAGACCUCGUGGGCAUGUUAACACUAAGCCAAACCAUGUGUCCCACUGCGUUUGAGGCACUCCCUUGGCCUUACACCAGGCAUAGGGAACCUGUGGCCCUCCAGAUAUUGUUGGACUCACAACUGCCCAGCCCCAGCCGGCAUGGCACAAGGUUGAGGGCAAUGAAAAUGUCAGUCGAACAACAUCUGGACAGCCACAGGUUCCUCACUCCUGCUUACAUCAUAUUUUGUAUAUUCUGUAGCUCACUCACUAAAUUGCCUCUUUGCACAUCCUCUUUCCUCUUUGGUUCUGAUUUUUAGGGCCUGUAACUGUUGAGAGCGUAAGUUUUUCUAGGGUCUUUGCUGUGUAAACAGGAAGUAUGCAUUUCUUCUAUUCCAUAAAAUUCAGCUCCUUUUCAGGCUACCAAGUGGGAUGGGGGGUGGGGAACAAGAGGAAGUCUCUUCAUUUAGAACGGGGAGAGCUGAAGGGCUAUGGCUAAUUAUCCUAUUAAUCACAGGUAAAUUAACAGGAUUUGCAUAUAAUUUUCAUAAACAUGACAGCUGUUACACUUAUACAGCAUUUAUUUAUUUAUAUAAGUUUUCCCUUUUUUUAAAAAAAAUAAAUCCUGCCUUUAUAGCAGGUACACAUCAUUCCAAGGGAGAUUUUCAACAAAUGUGUCACAAUUUAACAAUGAAACCCCCAAUAACAAUGCAACAUACAGUCAGAUACAAUAUGAGGGUUAUUUUUCUGCUGUUGCUGCCCACAAAUACAAAGUUGAAAUAAAUAAAAAAAAUUCCAGUAGCACCUUAGAGACCAACUACAUUUGUUCUGGGUAUGCACACUUCUUCAGUAUCUUUUUUAUUUAUUUCGACUCCGUCAGACCAACACCGCUGCCUACCUGAAUCCACAAAUACACAGAUAGCUAAAUACAGUGGUCCCUUGGUUCUCGAACUUAAUCCCUUCCGGGAGUCUGUUCGACUCCUGAAACCGUUCGAAAACCAAGGUGCAGCUUCUGAUUGGCUGCAGGAGCUUCUUGCACUCAAGCGGAAGCCUCAUCGGACGUUUGGCUUCCAAAAAACGUUCGCAAACCUGAACACUUACUUCCAGGUUUGCAGCAUUCGGGAGCCGAUUUGUUUGACAACUAAGCCGUUCGAGAACCAAGGUACCACUGUAUCUGAAAUGUGUAUUGAUUUAUAGAACAACGUUGACAUGAAGCGAUGAAAGGUUGGAAGCCCUUGACAAGCUAGCUUUGUUUGUUUCCUCCAUUUCAGUCCUUGAGCUGCCUCUGUUAUUUAGCUCCUGUUUUUGGUUUUUACAGUUCCAAGUGGUGUAUGAAUAACAAUGAGGACUAGAGGACAUGGAGUUACAAAGGAAAGCUGGGGUUCUUGGUUGUGGGGGAGGGUUAUAUUAUUUAUUAUAACACAUUCAGUGUUUUAUGUAUGUGUGAGAAAGACAGAGAGAGAGAGGGCUUUGUGCCUGUCCGGUGAGUGUGCGUUGUUUAUGUGGGGAAUGUGUGAGUGUGUGGUCUCUGCCUGUGCAGGAUAUUUUUGUGUGUAUGUAUAUACAUUGGCCAUACCCACUGGUGGCAUGUGGCUGAACAUCCCUUGGGCUGGAAAAGGUUAGCCACUGCUGAUUAACGCCAUGAGUCCUGGAGUUCAUUUGAGAAGCAAACUGGUCUUGGCAGCCGACUCCUUUGCCUAGGCCUUCACAAUCUACUGGCUGUGGGGGGGGGGCACUGUUCCACCUGAUACUGCUUUUGUUUGUACAGUGCCUAGCAUACCAGGACUCUGGUUGAUUACCAUAAACAACCUGGUAAGUACUGCCAGAUGUAAGCAAAAAAAAACAAAAAAAAACCCACCCCAAUCUUUUUUUGGGUACCAAGAAAAGUGCAGUGUUCUCUGCACUGUGAGACCUCACAAGCGCCAAUUGGGCCAUGAAAGCUCAUAAUCAGAGCAGUGUGUGCUCUGCAGGGGGCGAAAUGAAAAUGAAAAGCAACCUCUACACCCGGGGUGGGGGGGAGGAGAGGGGGGAAGCAAAGUAUGUGCUCAGAAUAUAUUAUGCAAACUAAGGUCAGAUGAUUUGCAUAAUUCAUUUUGAUUGCAGUUUGGAGUUUUCAGAGAACUUGCCAUUUCGGUCCUUGCAGAUACAUUCUAUGGGGAAGGGGGGACCGAGAGAGAGAGAGAGUGCAAUGGAGGAGGAAGGAAUUGGGGUGCUUGAAGCUUGGGAAAUGAUGUAGAAAAAGAUGGCUGUCGAUGCAAGGCACAGACUUCUGAUUCCUGGAAAUGCUCCCUAAAUUGGUUUGGUUUUUGAGUCUUAAGAAAGCAUAUGCUUCAAUGAGAGGUGCCUAAACUGCAUUAGAUUGUGUAGCGCGGUUCACAUUUCUUUGGAAGGGUGCUGUAUAUAUUCUCAGCCCAGCCAUGCAACAUGCACGCAGGACUCACAAAUGUUGUUUGCGCUAUCUGUAUUUGAACAACGUCCCACCCCCUAGAUGUUCCGACCAGUAAACUGUGCUCUUAACUACAUAUUCCCUCUUUUCUUUCCCGGUCCCUCCACCAUUUUCCUUCAGUGAUGAGGCAUGCACCAGUGGGCAGCUGGUUGUUGCCAGCAGGGAAAGUCAGUACAAGAUUUUCCACUUUCACCACGGCGGCCUGGAUAAACUUUCCGAAGUGUUUCAGCAAUGGAAAUACUGCACAGAGACCCAUCUCAAAGACCAGGUAAGCUGUAAAGUCCAGAGUAGACCUGGGGAGCCUCCACACACCCUCUCUACCCCUAGUAGAUGUGGUCUGUGGAUUUCUAGCUAGAAAUGAAGAAAUGUGAGCAGCAUCUCUUCUUGUUUCUGACAUGUCUGGAAAAGUGGUGGCAAGUGCCCUGGAAGGCUCAGAGGCCAACAGUAGAUAGAGCCAGAGCUAACCUACCAGGCCAGGUUCAAAGCUCUUGUAUUGAUAUGCAAAGCCUUGGGCAACCUGGGUCCAGAAUACCUUAUAUCACUCUGGAGGAGGGAGGUUAGUUGUGCCCCUGUGCUACAGAGGCCCAAUUGGCCGCAUCCAGAAGUCAAACAUUCAGUGCUGCCAGUCUAUGCUGUGGAUCACUCUUCUGGCAGAGACUCAGCAGACAGCCUUCCUUUUAUAUUUUGUUUUUUUGUGUGUGUGUGCUGACAGGUUAAAAAAGAAGAAGAUCGAGAAGAUUAUUUUGUACUGCCUUUACAGGCUUUUGUACGUUGCUGAUGUUUUCUGGGAGGGCAGUUUAUAAAUACUAUUAUAAGUGAAUGAAUGAGUAACAGAGCCAACCAAUUCUAGUUUUAUCCCUUUCCUCCUCCCCCUCGACUGGUUGAAAGUAAGAAGGCAAGGCAGGUAAGGGCUGGAUGGCUGCCUGGCUGAGAGCCAAUGUGGUGUAGUGGUUAAGAGCGGUGGACUCGUAAUCUGGUGAACUGGGUUCGCUUCUCUGCUCCUCCACAUGCAGCUGCUGGGUGACCUGGGCCAGUCACACUUCUCUGAAGUCUCUCAGCCCCACUCACCUCACAGAGUGUUUGUUGUGGGGGAGGAAGGGAAAAGGAGAUUGUUAGCCGCUUUGAGACUUCCUAGGGUAGUGAUAAAGCGGGAUAUCAAAUCCAAACUCUUCUUCUUCUUCUGAGGUUGGUGGGGCUGUGCCCCAUUCUUGCUGGCAGGCCAGCUUCCCUGCUUGUCUGAAGAGCUGCCAGGGGUUUGUAGACACUGGUGAUGCACUUCCCUUGGUUUGUUCUUUCUCUUGCUGGAGAAGGGGGCCAUCCAAAGUAUUUGUUUAAUCCAAUAUUGGGGAUUAACGAGGAGCAGGCUUACGUAGGUUAUGUAAGCUCCUGGCAAGGUGACACUGGGUUAAGAAAUUUUAGCCAAACAGGAGUUUCGAAUAACGGAGGAUUUGCUUUAUUGGGCAGAGUGUUCGCCUUUAUAAACCUCUUCUGCAACUAGAAGAUUUGGGCCUCGUUUCAUUUCCUUUGCUUCUUGUGGCCUGCGGCAGCCUUAUAAAAUAGGCCAGCUGUUUAUAUAAACGGCGAAACCACAGAUCUAAUUCUCUCAGGGUUCUCUUCUGUGCGUUAUGUGUCCAGUAUGAGCACAGGGUGAGUCCACAGAUCGGGUGGAAUUUGAACUCCAGUCCAGGAUGCAGCAAGUGUCCUGACUUGCCCAUCCUGUCUCUGCAAUUAGGCUUGUGCUGAGUGUUCAGUCUAUGACUUCUAGCCGUCUGUAUUCAAAUGAUGUUUUGACAAGGCCUAUUGGCAUAUCUUGCUUCAUUCUGCACAAAGGCCUUGCAAAGGCCGUAAUUAUAUGUUUAAAGAUACUAGAGAUGCUUGUUAGAAACAGUGAUUUCUUCAUUCCCUUCCUUCUCCCCAGCCCCCCUCCCCACUUCUUCCCCUGCUGCUUUCCCCUCAUUAUAGUACCACGGGGGCUUCCAUCUGUGUUGAGUAACCUUUUGAUUUUUAAAUUAAAUGUCAGCUGCAGUUUUCACCCAGGAAUGGCAAGCGUCCUCGGAGAGCCUGGCACCGCUGCCUUCUCUCCUUCGUAACAGCAGCCCUUUUGUAUGUGGCCAAUCAGAUGUAAUUUAUUGCGUGCAUUCCUGGGCAGGCUCACGAUAUUGCUGCAAGCCGUGUUAGCUCUGAUCUUGGGCAGGGGAGGGUGGGAAAGGCAGCCAGCCGAACCAAGCAGUGCGUCAUGUCGCUCUGAUCCUUAAUUACUCCCAAUUACGCUUGCUGGCUUGGGCUGGAAGUCUCCCCAAACUUCCAAGGCUUUGCCGCCCUCCCAGGACAGUCUCUCUCCAGACAAAAAUCAUCUUCUUUUUCCGCUGUGGCGACCUGGAUAUAAGAUGUCCAAGCCAUGGGAAUGGGAGGUCAGGCUCCUGCAGCUAUUGCUCUAGCCCUCUGUCCUGGUUUUGUCUCCCAAUUAGCAGCUCACUGACGUGAAGACCUGCAUGCAGUUCUCCAUCCGAAGGCCCAAGCUGCCCUCCUCGGAGACCCAUCCAGAGGAGAACGCUUACAAGCGCCUGGAUGUCUCUGCGUGGCUCCAUCAUCUAAAUGAGGCUGGGCAGGUAGAAGAAGAGUACAAGCUGAGGAAGGUGAGAGAGAAGACACAGUGGCAUGUUUUGCUCUGCUGGUUCCAAGAGAAGAAAGGUCUCCCAAGUGGAGCGUGGAGCAGUUGUGCUUAUUUGGCCUCCAGGAACCUUUGCACGUCUUCCCAGCCUUUGGCAACGGGGAGGCAGCACCUGUCAGCUCCCUGCAGGCUAACGUAGCAACUCUCUGGAUCUCUGGUUUGUUGCUGCAUUGAUUGCCCAGCAGUUUGGGACAUGAAGACCAGUGAGCAUUUCUAGGGGUGCUUGCACAGUAUGUGAAGGCCUAUAAAAGCAAUUGAGACUGUCUGGCUUUAAAAUAAUUAAGGGCUUUGGGGUGGGGGAGGCGGUAUGUGAGUCUGGCUCCAAGUGUGAAGUUUCCAAGAUUGGGGAUUAAGCAGUGACGUGAGAAUGAUGUGUUAAUUGUAUAGCCUCUCCAGGGGGGUUAUUGACAUUGAAAUGAGUUUGAUUUGUGUCUCCCCUGGGAAAAGGGGGGGGGGCUCUGCUUUCCCUCUAAACAUGUGCAGAUUGUGGGGCUCCUGAAUCUCAAGGCGUCACUUGUCAGAGGAGGAGAGCAAAAGAGGUCCAGUUUCAGAAACUGUGGCAUUUUCCUCUGUUGCAACCUCUUUAUCAUUUCCCCUCUGCCCUCCCUUCCUCCCCAGGCUAUUUUCUUUGGUGGGAUCGAUGUCUCCAUCCGUGGUGAGGUCUGGCCUUUCUUGUUGCGCUACUACAGCUAUGAAUCCACUUCAGAGGAGAGGGAGGCGCUCCGAGUGCAGAAGAGAGAGGAAUACUUUGAGAUCCAGCAGAAAAGGUAAUGAGGGGUGGCAGUGGCUCCAACUCCAGACUUUCAAGGUUUACAUGUUUUCUUUCUUUCUUUCUUUUAAUUACUUUUAUAAAUGCUGAACUACUUUGUUCUGUAAACCUCAGUCCUAAACCCCAGAUCUGCUGUGUGGAGGGUUAGGAUGGGGAGGGUGAGGGAGUCAGCACAUCACAUUUUCCUGCAAGUGUAAGGACUUUAGUCCUUCUGCCUCUCAGGGGAAUGGAGGGGACUUUGAAUCCAGCAGGUCCAUACCCAGUUGUGUGUGUGUGUGUGUGUGUGUGUGUGUGUGAGUGAGAUGCCUCUUUCUCCCCACCCUCCCUUCCUCAGCCAUUCUUCUUUUAAAUCCUCCCUCCCCUGGCAAUUGAAACAAUGAAGGGGGAAUUAACUAUCCCCAGAAAAUGAACCUUCACAGUAGGUCCAAUGUCACAUUUUGGGUGGGACGUAUACAGAAGAGAGGCAACUGCUCUGUCCUCCCCAACUGCCCCAGAUCUCCUUUAUUUUGACCCUUACCUGAAAGUACUCCCAGGUCCAUUGGCAUAGCUGUCAACAUUUCCCUUUUUUAAAGGGAAAUUCCCUUAUUCCGAAUAGGAUUCCUUGCAAGAAAAGGGAAAAGUUGACAGCUAUGUCCAUUGGCAGCAGUGGGUGGUUUGGGAGUGCACUCAUGUUGUAAUGUGGCGCCUAGGCUCUCCCUGACACCGGAGGAGCAGAAGGCAUUCUGGCGGAAUGUGCAGUUCACGGUUGACAAAGAUGUGGUGAGGACGGACCGCAGUAACCAGUUUUUCCGAGGAGAGAACAACCCCAACGUGGAAACAAUGAGGUGAUUGUUGUAACCCAUUAGUGCCCCCCAAAAUACACUGAGAACCUUGCACCCACUUGGAAAGCCCAGAUCCAUCUGUGUUUUGGACACCCAACCUCAUACGCUUCCAGCUAAACCCUUUCAAAGGUGGGCCGGGCAAAGCAGGUGGAGCCUGCAACAAUAUUGUAGUAUGGAGUGCUCCUUUUCAUGUUGCCAGCCAACCAUGCCCAUUGCCACUCUGCUCUACUCAUUUCCAUCCCCCACCCACCCUAACAGCGAGUCAGCAUUCUGUGCCCACUGAGCAUGCUCACAGACCCUCCAAGUGUCCCUAUUUUCCAGGGAUAGUCCCAGAUUUACAGAAGCCGUCCCGGUUUCUGAUUUGCUCCCAGAAUGUCCCACUUUUCCUUAGGACGUCCCUAUUUUCAUCUUGGAAAUGUUGGAGGGUAUGGUAGGAUGUCCCUACUUUCAUCGGAUAAAUAUUAGAGAGGGUAUGGAGUUAUCCAACCCCCAAGCCAUCUGAAGGCAGCCCUGUAUAGGGAUUUUAAAAAAGUGUUUAAUGUUUUAUCAUAUUUUUUAUACAUGUUGGAAGCCGCCCAGAGUGGCCGGGGCAACCCAGUCAGAUGGGCGGGGUAUAAGUAGUAAAAUUAUUAUUAUGGAAUAAGAGGUCCCUAAUUCCAUUGGAGAAAUGUUGGAGGGUACAUGCUCAGGCCUCUCUGGGUUGCUCCACCAUCCCAGCCUCACCGUCUGGUCAUUUGACCAUCCUCUUCCUAGGCGGAUCUUGCUGAACUAUGCAGUCUACAACCCUGCCAUUGGCUACUCCCAGGGGAUGUCUGACCUUGUUGCCCCACUUCUCACGGAGGUCCUGGAUGAAUCGGAUACAUUCUGGUGCUUUGUGGGUUUGAUGCAGAACACGAUCUUCAUCAGUUCCCCUCGUGAUGAGGAUAUGGAGAAACAACUGGUGAGAAUUUGACCUUGGAACACUCUUCUCCCCCCGCCCACCUUAUUUAUCUCUUUUCUUCCUCCUCCGCACUCCAUUUGCCCUUUAAAUCCUAAAUGAAUCAGAAAUGUGAAAUCUGCAUCCAUGAUGGAUGAACUUACCUGAGGAAGUUGUAGUAGCUGCAAGGAGGAGGAGGUGCUGUAUCCAACAUGUAGGAUAUACAGUGGUGCCUCGCAAGACGAAAUUAAUUCGUUCCGCGAGUUUUGUCGUCUUGCGAUUUUUUUCGUCUUGCGAAGCACGGUGUCGGGAAAGUUUUGGAAAAGCUUCAAAAAUCACCAAAGUCUUUAAAAACCUCAAAAAAGGCUACCACACCGCGUGCUAUGAGUUGCUCCUCAAAGUCAAGUCGCAACUGUAUUAACGGUGUUAAGAAAAAGGAAACAAACUUGCAAGACGUUUCCGUCUUGCGAAGCAAGCCCAUAGGGAAAAUCGUCUUGCGAAGCAGCUCAAAAAAACGAAAAACCCUUUCGUCUAGCGAGUUUGUCGUCUUGCGAGGCAUUCGUCUUGCGGGACACCACUGUACUGGUGACACAUUGCUCCAAAUGGCUGCUCCCUACAGCUUCGUGUAAAUGUGAAAUGACACUGGGAAGAGGAUAUUACCCUUCAGAACCCCAUAGCACAAGUGGCAGUGGGGUGAGGAACAGUUGCCAUGGAGGCCCUGAACUCAUGAGCUGGCAACCCAAGGCAACCUCAGCAUGGAUGUUGGUCACCUAAAACCACCGUUCUGGGUUCCUCCAACAUCAUACCCAAGAUAAGCUUGGUCAAGGAGGCUGUUGGGGCAUCAGGGUGGGAACUACACCAACAGCAUUUGCAAGCUGUCUCCCAAUACCAGGUGCAACCUUCCAGUCCCACUCGAAGGGAUAGGGAGAAGUUAACUCCUUGUGGACUGCAGCAAUGCGUCCCUUAUCCCCAUCCCACCAGUCUGAGGUGAUGUCACACUGAGUACAUGGACAGGUAGACCUGAGUCAGAUCUAACCAUCCCAGCAACCUCCACUCAGGCCUUGGUGAUAGGCACCAGGUCAGCCCCACUCAUCCACGAUCAAAUGGUUUUUCUACAGACCGACCUGAUAGUCAGCAGCAAAACCACCAGACUAUUGAGGCCAUAAGUAGUGCACCCACUAGCACCAGGGAUAAAAACGUAAAGGGACCCCUGACCAUUAGGUCCAGUCGUGACUGACUCUGGGGUUGCGGCGCUCAUCUUGCUUUAUUGGCCGAGGGAGCUGGCAUACAGCUUCCGGGUCAUGUGGCCAGCAUGACUAAGCCGCUUCUGGCAAACCAGAGCAGCGCACAGAAACGCCGUUUACCUUCCCGCCAGAGCGGUACCUAUUUAUCUACUUGCACUUUGACGUGCUUUCAAACUGCUAGGUUGGCAGGAGCAGGGACCGAGCAAUGGGAACUCACCCCGUCGCGGGGAUUCGAACCGCCGACCUUCUGAUCGGCAAGCCCUAGGCUCUGUGGUUUAACCCACAGCACCACCCGCGUCCCUGAAGCACCAGGGAUACAGUGCUCCUAAUAGGACUGCUUGCAUUAGUGAAUGAAUUAGUUUUAUUCUGUGAACCGCCCUGAGACCCCCAGGUAUAGGGCGGUAUAUAAAUUCAAAUAACAAUAACUAUAACAAUAACAGUAACAAUAGAACCAGCUCUUAAGAGGUGUGCCUGCUCCUGCUGAGCCUGAGGGGUUUGGGGGCAGGAAUGCCCAGUGGUCUAGAGGGGAGUAGCGGGGUUUUCUUCCCCUUCUCCGGAGCUGAACUGAGUUCCCCUUCCACUUUGCCAGAUGUACCUGCGAGAGCUGCUGCGGCUGAUGCACGUGCGCUUCUACCACCACCUGGUCUCCCUUGGGGAGGAUGGCCUUCAGAUGCUCUUCUGCCACCGCUGGAUCCUCCUCUGCUUUAAGCGUGAGUUUCCCGAUGCUGAGGCUCUGCGUAUAUGGGAAGCCUGCUGGGCUCACUACCAGGUAAGGUUUAAAAGGGGGCUGGAGGAGCGGGGCAGUUAGAAGGGUCCUUUUUGUCGGUGGGGCUCCUGCACUGCUCCUUGGAGGAUGCUGAAUGGGGGGGUGUUGCCGGUUGCAGCUGCUGUCCUUCCAGGCCUCUCUCCCCUCCCCCAGCCAUGACUGUGAUGAGCUCUGUGUGUGUGUGUGUGUGUGUGUGUGUGUGUGUGUGUGUCCCUCCCCCUCCACACUGCUUGCCUUCUCUCCCACUGUUUGCCUCUGACAUUACACAAAUCGAUGCAAAUUUCACCCUGACGGUUCAUUACUGAGCUCCUGGGCUGUUCUUGCUGCUGUCGCAACCCAUCAGCCAAAGCGGCCCUCAGCCUGCCUUGUGCAGUGGGGUUGCUGCAACCCUGGCUUUCUCUCCCAGCUGCGGAUGUUGCUGUGUGAAGGGCAGGCGCGCGCACAUACACACAGAGGCAAGCUAAUUUUCAACUUCCUUGUGAGGUUAGCCCCAGGACUGAGCAGCGUAUGGUUUCUGUCUGACCUGGUCUCGUCUGCAGGAAAGGAGGUUGCCACCAAACUGUGUUCGCCGUAUGCUGCUUGCUCGCAUUACUCUCUGCCAAAUAGUUGCUCUCUGGUGGUGGUCUGGGAAGGGGGAGGGGAGAUUGCUUUGAAUCCUCGUGGCAGCGAUUUCACCGCCCUUUGCCAGGUGGUUUAGACUCCUGUGCUCCUAAAACUCAUUGUAUUAAACAAGUAGAACAUAGGCAGCCAACGUGGUGCCCUCCAGAAGUUGCUGGACUCCCAGCCCUCAAUAAUCUCUAGCCAGCAUAUGGCCAGUAGUCGGGGAUGAUGGGAAUGCAAGUCCGGCAAGAUCUGGAGAGCACAACUUUGCAUAUCCCUGCAGCAGAUCUUAAUUCUGUGUGCAGAAUUAUUCAGAAUGGAGCGUUUUGUAAAUUAAGUGUUAACGCAGCAUAUCCAGUACCUAAUUUGUUGGUUGCUCACUUGAAAACCUUUUACUAGAAAUAAUAUUCCCUCUCAUGCCUUUACUUCUUCAAAGUGAAAACUUUGGGUCAAAAAACUUACAGACUUGCUAGAUUUCAUAUACUUCAACACUGUAGGCUUUUGUCUUGUAAACAACUAGUUCUCUCAGAAUGCAUCCAGAUUUCAUGCAUGUAACUGGGCAGACUGCCAGGAUUUGCAGUCUGCCUUACUAGUUUUGACUUCCUCUUUCUCUGUGGCCCUGAUUCAAGAGAUUUCUGCAUUGCUUUUGAAAGUGUAUAGCUCUCUAGAUUUAUUGUAAUGCGUUGCCAUCCUGUGCUUCUUUUAAUAAGAUUAGGGUGGCAUACAUGAUUUCUCCACCUCCUACUUUAUCCUCACAACAACCUUGUAAGGUAGAGCAUGUGACUGACUGCCCCUAGACCACCUAGUGGGGAUUUCAACUUGACUCUCUUCAAUCACACAACAAAGCUCUAACCUCUACACAACAGUACCACAGCAUUGUGCGAAGUACAGUGCUGCCUUUGUCUUUAAACUUCUGCCUAACAGUGGUUGGGAGAGAGUGAAUAGCUUUUCCUUCUCACCUUGCCACAUCAUUUAUAAUUCCCAUUACCUUUCGCAUGCUCCUACAUUGAAAGGGUUGGACUAGAUCCCUCAGGCUCUCUUCCAUUUCUACAAUUCUACGAUUCUCCCAUUCACUGGCUUUUUUUUAAGCCAAAAAGCUACCAAUGUGAUCUUGUUGCCACAACCGGUGCAUCUUUCUAGCCCUCCUUCCCUUGAUCAUUUUCUUCUCUUGCUGCUGCAGACAGACUAUUUCCACCUCUUCAUCUGUGUGGCUAUUGUGGUGAUCUAUGGAGACGAUGUCAUCGAACAGCAAUUGGCCACUGACCAGAUGCUUCUGCACUUUGGGAACCUGGCCAUGCACAUGAAUGGGGAGCUCAUACUCAGGAAGGUAAAUUUAAAAUUGCAGGUGUUAAACAAACAGACAGACAGACAAAAAACCCUUUGCAAUUCUAUCUGCUCCAAAACAGCAUAUGGAAGGCUGUGCAGUGUUCUCCUUUUGUGAGUGGUGUCAAGUCUCCGUUACGAUUUGGGUGUGAGAUGGGCAAUUUAGAUGAACUCCGCAGUUUCUCGUAUCUGCUAUUUGUGCCAUGUGCUGUUUUGUGGGCUUGUGUAUUCACAUCUACUCUGCCAUCCUACUUCCAGGCUAGAAGUUUGCUUUAUCAGUUCCGCCUGCUGCCUCGGAUCCCUUGCGGUCUGCAUGACCUGUGCAAACUCUGCGGGACAGGAAUGUGGGACAGUGGCUACAUCCCCGCUGUGGAGUGUACAGGGAACCACCCAGACUCUGAUAGCUGCCCUUAUGGAGGCAUGGUGGAUGAACCUUCUCCCAAGCCAGGGAACGAAAGCAGGAGGGGACUGAAAACACGGGAGGUCUUCGCUUUCCGGAAAUGA